GAAACGAUCUUGUAUCAUUCUUCGCUCGCACCUCAAAAACGAUCGACGUCUUGGUUUCAGUCUCGGGGAUUAUGACUUAAACCAGAAGAUUUUUAAUUUCUGAAAUUUAAGUUUUUCAUACGCGCACCAAAUUAAAUAUACAUAUAUAGUAUAUAUAUAUAAAAAAAUACAUAUAUAUUUGAAGGAGAAUAUAUAUUUUACAUAGAGUUUUUCGUAUAAUUUCUUUUUAAAUAAUAACUGAGGUGAAAAAGAGUGUUAAAUGUACAAAUAAAUAUAAUUUAAACGAGAUACAAAUCACAUUAUAACGCCGCAAAGGAUAACGAAACGCCUACAGGAAGAUAAAUCUGUGUUUGAAGUGAAAUUUUGAAAAAUCAAAAAAUAUAUAGUGAAAAAAAAAAUCAGUCAAGCAGUCGCAGCAGCGUUUAGCGCAAUAAAUAAUCGUAACUCGAAUAGUGUUUCAAAUCGGAUAGAUACAAUUAAGUGGUAAUAUUGUUGUUGUUGGAUUGCAUCGCACCGCAAGCCAACACAUACAUAACCAGUCUCAAUCUAUCCGAUUAAUUGCAACAGCCAGUGAGUUAAUACGUACGAAUAUACAGAAAGUUAGUUACAGCUGCGUCAGUUCACUCACAAUCCCAACAGUUAUCAUUUUAAAUGCGAUAUAGUGUUAUAUAACGAAAAUGCAACGAGAAAAUUCGAAUCCGUAUCAGCAACAACAGUUGCAACAGCAGCAAUCGCAACAAUCGCAAAUGCAAUCGCAUCAGGAAACACAGCAGUACUCGAGUCAACAACAACAACAAUUCUCGAGUGUACAGCAACAGCAAAGGAUUAGCCGCACUGAACAUCGCACCGUUCAGAGUCAGCAAGUCACUCAGCAAAGAGUGCAACAACAUGUUGGCGCAGGCGGUGCCUAUACUCCACCCGCACUGACUCAUGUCUACGCUCAAGGCGAUAUUUCACCACCGAUCUUCGAGCAAAUCUUCAAGAAUGCCCGUUUCGCUCAGGGCGGCAACGCUCUGUUCGAGGGUAAGCUUCGUGGCAAUCCAAAGCCAUUCGUUUCUUGGACCCGAAAAGGCGCACCACUUCUCGAGUCGCAAAAGUUUCGUAUGAGCUACAAUGAGGCCACCGGUGAAGUGUCGCUAUUGAUAAAUCAAAUUGGACCCGGUGAUGAAGGUGAAUACACGUGUACGGCACGCAAUCAAUAUGGCGAGGCCAUAUGCAGUGUUUACAUUCAGCCAGAGGGCGCACCAAUGCCUGUACAGCAGCCUGUGCAAAAAUUCGAAAAGUCAUUGUACACCAACGGCUAUUCGUUCACUUCCGUCCAGGAGGAGUUCCGUGUCGAUACAUUUGAGUAUCGUUUGCUACGUGAAGUGCAAUAUCGUGAGGCUAUUACACGUCGUUCGGCAUACGAGCAAGACCAAUAUUUGACGCAAGAAUUGGAUCGUGCAUUGGGUCCAGCACAUGCACCACAAAUUAAUCAGAAACCACGCAACUCGAAACUCAUUGAAGGUUCUGAUGCUGUUUUCAGCGCUAAGGUUGGCUCUAAUCCCAAGCCACGCCUAACUUGGUUCCACAAUGGACAACGUUUGGUAGCGUCGCAGAAAUACGAGACCACUUAUUCCAGUGGCAUCGCAACGUUGCGUGUAAAGAAUGCAACCUAUCAGGAUGCUGGUCAUUAUACAUUGCUCGCCGAGAAUACACAGGGUUGUGUAGUCUCCUCGGCCGUUUUGGCUGUCGAACCAGCUGCCGAAACCACACACGAACCAAAGCCAGUCGAUGUGACGGCUGAACAAUUGGAAGCUGGUAAAGCCUUACCACCGGUCUUCGUUAAGGGUUAUACCGAUCGUGAGGUAACCGAGGGACGUAUGACACGUUUUGAUUGCCGCGUAACUGGCAAUCCUUACCCUGAGGUUAUCUGGCUCAUCAAUGGUCGCCCUGUUACGGAUGAUGUGUCACACAAGAUUUUGGUCAACGAAUCUGGUAGUCACUCGUUGAUGAUUACCAGUGUUAGCCGUUUGGAUGCUGGCGCAGUACAGUGCUUGGCACGCAAUAAGGCUGGUGAAGUCGCCAUCGAAGCGCAAUUGAAUGUGUUGGAGAAGGAACAAGUUGUCGCACCACAAUUUGUACAACGCUUCAGCACAAUGACCGUACGUGAAGGCGAACCCAUCACCAUGAGCGCCAACGCCAUUGGCACACCCGUGCCACGUAUUACAUGGCAAAAGGACGGUGCGCAGAUUACAUCUACUGCUGAACGUUAUAUCGGUAUUGAUGGUGGCGCUACAUGCUUGGAAAUUCCACGCGUCAGGGCCACCGAUGCCGGUUGGUAUCAGUGCACAGCACAAAACAUUGCCGGUUCGUCUGCGAAUCGUGCUAGACUCUAUGUAGAAGUACCCAGAGAUCAACCAACUCCUGAACAAAGACGUCUCAAUUUACCACGUCCAACGAAAGUCAUCGAACCAGAGCCCGUGCCUGGUCCAGAAAUUAUUUAUUUACGUCAUGUAGAACGCGCAAAGCCACACUUGCGCCCUGGUGAGGAAGAUCGUGUCUACCCACCACCACAAUUCAUUAUACCAUUGCAAAAUGUGCAACAAGUCGAAGGUAACAGAGUGCACAUGGAGGCACGCAUCGAACCAGUUGGUGAUCCAACUAUGGUCGUAGAAUGGUACCUAAACGGGCAACCAUUGGCAGCAAGCUCACGCGCUACCUCUGUAUUUAAGUUUGGUUUCAUUGCGCUCGAUCUUUUGAGCAUUAUGACACACGACUCCGGUGAAUACAUGUGUCGCGUCACCAACGCUGCCGGUAUUGCCGAAUCCCGUGGAAUACUCUCUGUUAUCCAACGUCCAUCUAUCGAGCAAAGCUCUCAGAAUCCAAAUAGUUUGCAAUACAUCAAUCAAUUGGAGGAUUACUCACGCUAUCAGCGUCAAGAGAGCUCUGAGGAACUCUCGAAGCAAGCACCCGUAUUUAUUCGUCCAUUAAGAGAUUUGGGCGAAUUCGAGGAGGGUAAAAAUGUGCACUUUGAAGCUCAAGUUACACCGGUUAAUGAUCCUACCAUGCGUGUCGAAUGGUACAAAGAUGGUCGUCCAAUAACUGCUAGCUCGCGAAUCACUGCAAUCUUCAACUUCGGCUAUGUCUCCCUAAACAUCUUGCACCUACGGGCUGAAGAUGCUGGUUCGUAUACAGUGCGUGCAGUUAAUCGUGUCGGCGAAGCCACCAGUACCUCGAACAUACGUGUGAAUGUACGUUCUGAAGUAACCGCUGACUUGGGUAUACCCGAACAACAACGUUAUAUUGAGAAGGUUGAAGAGCUGGAGGACUAUAGAAAAUCCCAGCAACGUCGUCAUGUACAGGAGGUGCCUGAACCAAUUGCACCGCCACAAUUCAAAACACCAAUCCAAAAUCAAUUGGACAUACGUGAGGGUGCACACGCUCACUUUGAGGCACGUCUCGAGCCCAUCGGUGAUGCUACUAUGCGUGUGGAAUGGCUGAAGGAUGGCCAACCGCUGGAAGCUAGCUCACGUAGCACAACCUUCUUCAACUUCGGCUAUGUUGCACUAACCAUUAAGCAACUGACAAUUUACGAUGCCGGCACUUACACUUGCCGCGCUUACAAUGCCAUCGGUCAAGAUACAACCACCGCACAAUUGACUGUACUCUCAAAGAAGGAUAUCGUCUCUGAUUCUCAACAUCCUGGUGGCUUGGAGAAGCUACAACAUUUGGAGGACUCUUCGCGUUACGGACGUACCGAGGAGGAAGAGACCAGGGUUACUCAAAUUCCACGCUUCCUUGGUCCAAUGAAGGGCACCAACAAGAUCUUGGAGGGCCAACGAGCUCACUUCGAAGCACGUGUCGAGCCACAAAGUGAUCUUAGCUUGCAAAUUGAAUGGUACCAUAAUGGACGUGCCAUCAGCGCAGCUACACGUAUACAAACCUAUCACGACUUUGGUUAUGUGGCUUUAGAUAUCUCGCAAGUACGUGCCGAAGAUGCGGGCGUGUACACUGUUGUAGCCCGUAAUAAGUUAGGUGAAGCACAGUUGCAAGGAACAAUGGUAGUAGAAACUCGUUCCAGCAUAGAUACAUCUAGCAUGCACCGCGGUCUUUACGAAAAGACUCAAAACUUAGAAAACAAGCCAUUUGUUGAGCCUCACUAUGACAUUGAAGAGAUCUCCAAAUCGAAGCCGAUCUUCGUACAACCACUCUCCGAUCACAAACCAAUUCAUGAGGGCAAAAAUAUACACUUGGAAUGCCGUCUGGAACCAAUGGGUGAUCCCACAAUGCGUGUAGAGUGGUUCCACAAUGGUCGCCCCAUUACCGUAGGCUCACGCUUCCGUACUUACUAUGACUUCGGUUUCGUCGCAUUGGAUAUUGUACAGGCCACCGCUGCCGACUCCGGCGAAUACACCUGUCGCGCCACCAAUCAUUUGGGUUCAGCACACACCUCUUCGUGUGUACGUGUUAUUGACCGCUCUGAUGUUGUGACCGAAACCCAAAACGAAAUGUCACUGGAGCAAAUUCAUCAAUUGGAGGACUCAACACGUCGUCGUCAUCAUGUUGAAGAAGACAUCACUGUUAUGCAGGCGCCACAAUUCACACGUGCGUUGCAUAAUAUCGAAACUGUUGAGGGCACCAAUGUACAUUUGGAGUGCCGUUUGCAGCCAGUGGGUGAUCCCAGCAUGCGCGUAGAGUGGUUCGUCAAUGGCAAGCCCGUCAAAACUGGUCAUCGUUUCCGUCCAGCAUAUGAGUUCGACUAUGUUGCGCUCGAUUUGCUCGGCUGCUAUGCCAUCGACUCUGGUGUGUAUACUUGCCAGGCACGUAAUCAGCUUGGUGAAGCCGUUACUUCAUGCUCGGUACGAAUUAUUGCCAAGAGCGAUUUGAUCUUGGAGACGCAAAACGAAUCUGGUCUUCAGAAGAUCGCUUACUUGGAGGAUUCAUCACGUUAUCGCCGCAGCGAAUAUGUUGAUGAGAUUGUUAACGUGCGUCCACGUUUCCUUACACACCCCAAGAGUCAAAACAAUACGCGUGAGGGUGGGCAUGCUCAUUUCGAAUGUAAAAUUGAACCUGUCACCGAUCCCAACUUGAAGGUUGAGUGGUUUAAGAAUGGUCGCCCCAUCACUGUCGGUCAUCGUUUCCGUCCCAUUCAUGACUUUGGUUAUGUAGCUUUGGAUAUUGUUGAUUUGAUUUCUGAAGAUUCUGGUGUUUACACUUGCCGUGCCGUCAAUAUGAUUGGCUCGGAUGAGACGCGUGUUGAAUUGCAAUGCCGCAGCAGCGAGCAAAUUGUAACCGUUACUCAAAAUGAAGCCGGUCUCGAGCAGAUCCAUUAUUUGGAGGAUCGUUCUCGUUAUUCGCGUCGUGAGGAAAUCGAUGAAACUACCAAGCAAGCGCCAGUGUUUACCACUUCCUUGAAGAAUGUCGAAAUCAAGGAAAAUCAACGCGCACAUUUCGAAUGUCGCUUGAUUCCAGUGUCGGAUCCAACGAUGCGUGUCGAAUGGUAUCACAACAACUUGCCAUUGAAAUCUGGUUCGCGCUUCACUGAAACCAAUAACUUCGGUUUCGUUGCUUUGGAUAUUAUGUCCUGUCUGCCUGAGGAUGCCGGCUCUUACACUUGCCGUGCCUUCAAUGCUGUGGGUGAGGCCAUUACCUCAGCCGUUGCUAUUGUUCACACCAAAAAAUCGAUCUACUUGGAAUCGCAACACGAAGGCGCCUUGCCACGUCUACAACAUUUGGAAGAUGGUGCCAAACGUCAACGCAUUAGUGUACAAGAAGAGGUUGUCAGCCAGGCACCAGUCUUUACAUUGCCUGUGCGCGAUGUACGCGUCGCCGAAGGUCAAGCCGUACACUUUGAAGCUCGUUUGAUACCAGUUGGUGAUCCACACCUUAAGGUUGAAUGGUUGCGUAAUGGACAACCGAUCGAAGCUUCAAACCGCACCACCACAAUGCACGACUUUGGUUAUGUUGCAUUCAAUAUGAAGUAUGUGAAUCCAGAAGAUUCAGGCACUUACACUUGCCGUGCUGUCAACGAACUCGGCCAGGCUGUUACCUCAGCUUCGCUCAUCGUGCAAUCGAAGACUUCGAUUCAAUUGGAAACUCAGCAUGAGGCGGCUAUGCAUAAGAUCCAUCAACUUGAAGAUCACACUAGGUAUCAACGCCGUGAAGAAGAAGAAUAUGUGGUUAGCCAACCACCACGUUUUGUCACGAAACUAAUUGGCCCCACCAACUUGGUUGAAGGUCAGAGCGCGCAUUACGAAUGCCGUAUUGAACCAUAUCCUGAUCCAAAUCUCAAAGUGGAAUGGUUCCAUAACGGUAAGGCGUUGAGCACUGGUCAUCGUUUCCGCACCACUUACGACUUUGGUUUCGCCGCCUUGGAUAUACUUACCGUAUACGCUGAGGAUAGUGGUGAAUACACGUGCCGUGUAACUAACAAUUUGGGCGAAGCUGUCAACUCUAUUAACCUCAAUGUACAGUCGAGGUCAGGCAUCAUUCGUGAAACACAACACGAAGAAGCUCUGCAGAAGAUCCAGCACUUGGAGGAUGAGUCGCGUUAUCAACGCAAGGUCGAGGAAGAUCAAUUCUUGGCUGAACGUCCACAAUUCGGUCGUCCAUUGCGCAACGCAAAUGUGAAUGAAGGCACACCCGUACAUCUGGAAGCCACCUUAACACCUGUGAAUGAUCCAACCAUGAAGGUGGAAUGGUAUUGCAAUGGCACACCUAUUCAAACCGGUCAUCGUUUCAAGACCACAUACGAUUUCGGCUUCGUUGCCUUAGAUAUAUUGUACACGCAUGCUGAAGAUACAGGCACUUACAUGUGCAAGGCUAAGAAUGCCGUAGGGGAAGCUGUCACGACUUGUGCUGUAAACGUAACAGCAAAUAAGACAUUGGACUUCGACACCAUGGAUGCCCAGCGUUUGGAGAAGAUUCGUCAACUUGAGAACUAUGCACCACCCACUAAAGCCGUAGUGGAGGAGAAGGGUCAAAAACCAAUAUUCUUAACGCCGCUCAGCAACUUGGAACAUCUCAAGGAAGGCGAACAUGCUCAUCUGGAGUGUCGUGUCGAACCAAUUAAUGACCCUAACUUGAAGAUUGAAUGGUUCUGCAAUGGCAAACAGCUGCCAACUGGUCACCGCUUUAGAACUACACACGAUUUCGGUUAUGUCGCUUUGGACAUCUUGUAUGUCUAUGGCGAAGAUACUGGCACCUACAUGUGCAAAGCCACCAAUUUACUUGGUGAAGCUGUCAACACCUGCAACGUGCGCAUAUUGAACCGACGCAGCAUGAUUUUGGAUACACAACAUCCAGAUGCUUUGGAGAAAAUCCAAAAAUUGGAAUCCAAAUCUGCACCGGCUCGCACUGAACCUGGCGAUUUGCCCAUUGGUCCACCACAUUUCACAGUCGAGCUACGUGGUACCACCGAGAUCUUUGAAGGCCAAACUGCGCACUUUGAGGCACAGGUUGCACCAGUUCAUGAUCCCAAUUUGCGCAUUGAGUUCUACCAUAAUGGCAAACCAUUGCCAUCGGCUUCUCGCUUCCACAUUACUUUCGAUUUUGGUUACGUAUCAUUGGAUAUUACACACGCUGUACCAGAAGAUGCUGGUGAAUACUCGGUACGUGCCAUCAAUAAUUUGGGUCAAUGCGUUUCUUCGACUAGCUUGAAAGUCAAUGCACGUGGUACUAUUAUUUCGGAAACUCAACAUCCAGAAGGUUUGGAGAAGAUUCGUAAACUCGAGUCCAAUGCUCCAUUCCAACGUCCCGAAGUUGAAACCCCUGGCACUCGUCAACGUCCAGUGUUCACUCAACCAUUGCAAAAUAUCGAUCGCAUUAAUGAACAUCAAACUGCACACUUCGAGUGCCGUCUUAUACCGGUUGGCGAUCCAAAUCUGAAGGUGGAAUGGUACCGCAAUGAGAAGAUCAUUGAGGAUAGCUCACGUAUCACCAAACAACAUGACUUCGGCUUUGUCUCGCUGGAUAUUUCGCAUAUUCGCAAAGAAGAUGAAGGUGUUUACAUGUGUCGCGCUGUCAACCCGUUGGGUGAAGCCGUUACUACUGCUUCUAUGCGCGUAGUUUCUGAAGCCUCGAUUCAAAUGGAUACCCAACAUCCAGAUAGUAUCAGCCGCAUCCAUCAAUUGGAACGCCCAUCUGCACCACGUGCUGAAGAACCAGAACGUGCCUUCGAGAAGCCAAUAUUUACGCAAUUGCUCACUGGCCCAUCCGAGUUAUGGGAGGGUCAACAUGCACACUUCGAGGCUCGCGUUGUUCCAGUCGGUGAUCCAUCACUCAAAUUCGAAUGGUACAUUAACGGUGUUGAGCUGCAAAUGGGUUCACGUCUACGCACCACACACGAUUUCGGUUUCGUUACACUCGAUAUUAACGCGGUGGUGCCUGAAGAUGCUGGUGUAUACAUGUGCCGCGCUUACAAUGCUGCUGGCGAAGCUGUCUCCUCCACCGCUAUGAAGGUUAAAUCUAAAUCCAAUAUUGCUGGCGAACCAUUGAUUCCCGAAUCAUGGGAAGCCAUCCGCCAGAAGGAGGCCGCCAUGAAUCGUGUACCAGAAAUGUUUGUGGAUACAACACCACAACAAGCACCAGUGUUCACAACACACUUGCAGAGCUACGACAAGCUCUCUGAAGGUCAACAUGUACUGCUUGAAGCUCAAGUUGAACCACGUGCCGAUCCGAACUUGCGUAUUGAAUGGUUCAAAAAUGGUAUUUCUCUUACCACCGGUUCUCGUAUUCGCAGCACCUUCGACUUUGGCUUGGUUACACUCUCCGUUAACGGAUUACGUGCGGAUGACUCUGCUAUUUACACUUGCAAAGCCACAAACCAAAUCGGUGAAGCUGUAUCAACAUGCAGUCUUAAGAUUGAAGAUCGCCAUUGGUUGCAAGGUGAGUCACUACAUCCAGACUCUUUGCCACGCAUUGGUGAAUUGGAAGCACCCAAACCAGGACGCCCUGAGGCACCAGAAACUGUUUAUGAAGUGCCUGUGUUCACUACUCAUUUGAACAAUAUCGAAUGCAAAGAGGGUGAUAAUGUACGUUUCGAAUCGAUGGUCGAACCCUCACGUGACCCAACAAUGCAAAUUGAAUGGUCCUAUAACGGACAACCACUACAAGCUGCCGCUAAAUUUAAGUCUAUUUAUGAUUUCGGCUACUGUGCUUUGGACUUAACGAAUGCCUAUCCAGAGAAUAGUGGUGUCUACACGCUCAAGGCAACCAACAGCAAGGGUUCAGCUACCACAUCCGGUACACUCAAGUGCACAGGCGGUAAGACCUUCUACCUGGAUACACAACAUCCACAAGGUGAAGCUGGUUUGGAGGCUGUUAAGGAAACUGAAGAAGAAUUGGCCAAUCGUUAUUCGCGCCAAGUUUCGAAACCCGAAACUCAAUAUCCAGCACCAGUUUGGACCAAACCAUUGCAAGCUGAGUUCCAUCUCUCCGAGGCGCAAUCAUUGCACUUGGAAGGUAAUGUUGAACCUAAGGAAGAUCCUAACCUCUUCAUUGAAUGGUACUUCAAUGGUAAGAUACUACAACAUGGCUCACGCUUCAAGAUGACCAGUGAAUUCGGUUUCGUCACCAUGGACUUGACUGAGGUCUACGAACGCGAUCAAGGUAUUUACACUUGCAAGGCAUACAAUAAGGCCGGCGAGGCCUUCACCACCACCACCAUUUUCUGCACCAGCAAGGAAAGCAUUAUCGAGAAGACACAACAUCCAAAGGGUGCAGAAGGUUUGGAACAAAUUCAAGAUUUGGAAGAGUCACUACGUAAGGAUGGCUCGAAACCAGAGAAGCCAGAAGAAGGUAUGGCACCGCGCUUCACCACCGAAUUCAUUGACAUCAAGGAUGUUGGUGAGGGUGAGAUUGCUCACUACGAGGCCAAUCUUGUACCAACUGGUGACCAAAGUAUGGUUAUUGAAUGGUUCUAUAAUGGUAAAGUCUUGGAGGCUAGUCAUCGUGUGCGCACCAUCUAUGCUUUCGGUAUGGUCGCUUUGGAAAUUCUUGGCACUAAGAUCGAAGACUCGGGCACUUACACAUGCCGUGCCACCAAUAAAUAUGGCAGCGCUGAAAUUAGCUGCGUUCUGGAGUGUGUUGAGAAACCACGUGGACAGAAACCACGUUUCACCUCACACAUCCAAUCAUUGGAGGGACUCAAGGAUGGACAGUCCGCUCACUUCGAGUGUACACUCAUACCAGUCAACGAUCCUGAACUUAAAGUCGAGUGGUAUCACAACGGCAAACUCUUACGCCACUCCAACCGCAUCAAGACCGUAUCCGACUUCGGCUAUGUUGUUUUGGAUGUUGCUUACUUGCAAGAUCACGACAGCGGUGAGUACAUGUGCCGCGCCUACAACAAGUAUGGUGAAGAUUUCACACGCGCAACACUCAACUGUCGCGGCCGUGGUGGUGUCUUCUAUGACAGUUUGCAACCCGAUUCACUGCCAAGAAUUCGCGAGCUUGAAUGCCCACAAGGACAACAGGGCGAUACCAGUGCACCAGUGGUUACCGAACCACCCAAAUUUAUUACACAAAUUACGGACAUCACCAAAUUGGUUGAGGGACAGAGUGCACACUUUGAAGCACGUCUUACACCGGUCACUGAUCCAGAUCUUAAGGUCGAAUGGUAUUUCAAUGGCAAGAAAUUGCCACAUGGUCAUCGUUUCCGCACCUUCCACGAUUUCGGUAUUGUAAUCUUGGACAUCUUGUACUGUUAUGAGGAAAAUUCAGGUGUUUAUGAGUGCCGCGCCGUCAAUAAGUAUGGUGAAGAUGUAACACGCGCCACGCUGAAGUGCACUUCAAAGGCCAAUUUGAUUCUGGAUUCACAACUGCCACGCGGUAUGGAAGGCGGUUUGGAGAAGAUCGCUAACCUCGAGUACAGCAUGAUACGUACACGUGACGAAACUGUUGAAGAGACCAAGGGCAAAGCACCAGUUUUCACUGUACCACUCGAGAAUAUCGACAAUCUGCGUGAAGGUGAGAAUGCUCACUUCGAGGCACGCGUCACACCAACCGACGAUCCACGUUUGCGUGUUGAAUGGUUCUGGAAUGGACGUCCACUUAAAGCGGGCUCACGUUUCCGCACAUUCUGUGACUUCGGUUUUGUCAUUUUGGAAAUCUCACCGGUCUAUCCCGAAGACUCUGGUGAAUAUUCUUGCCGUGCUAUUAACGAAUACGGUGAGGCUGUGACCACUGCCACCAUGAAGAUACAAGGAAAACGUAGCAUCAUCAUGGAAUCUCAACUGCCCAAGGGUAUGGAGGGUACCAUUGAUCGUAUUGCCGAACUUGAGGGUCUCGGUAUGCGUAGCACAGAAUUUGUGCCUGAAGAUGAUAGUGGCAAACCACCAGAAUUCAUUACAACUCCAUUCGAUAUGGUCAUCACUGAAAACUCGUUGGCCCACUUCGAAUGCCGCUUGCAGCCGGUUAAUGAUCCAAGCAUGCGCGUCGAUUGGUUCCACAAUGGUAAAGCUUUGUGGGCUGGUUCACGCAUCAAGACCAUCAAUGAUUUCGGUUUUGUCAUUUUGGAAAUUGCCGGUUGUUAUCAACGUGAUACCGGCUUGUACACUUGCAAGGCCACCAAUAAGCAUGGAGAAGCAACUGUUUCAUGCAAACUGCAAGUUAAGGGUCGUCAAGGCAUCAUUGUUGAACCACAAUUGCCUUCGAACUUCCGUACUGGCACUGAAAGUCUGCAGAAAUUGGAGGAGAGCAUGCAUAAGCGUGAAGAAAUCGUCAUCGACGAGGAGCAACCGAACCCACCUAAAUUCAUUGAGGAAAUCAAGGACAACCUCGAUGUGCCCGAAGGUGGCCCAAUACACUUCGAUUGCCGUGUCGAACCCGUCGGCGAUCCUACCAUGCGCAUUGAUUGGUUCUACAAUGGACGUCCUAUGCCGACCGGCUCACGUGUACAUCAACUCAACGAUUUCGGCUUUAUCGCCAUGGAUAUCGAUUACAUUUACAUACGUGAUGCUGGUGAGUAUACUUGCCGUGCCACCAACAAAUGGGGCACUGCUACCACCACUGCCAAGGUUACAUGCAAGAGCAAGCAUAGCAUCGUCUACGAUACACAAUUGCCCGAUGGCAUGACCGCCGAAAAAUUGAAGGAGCUUGAACGUGGUCGCAUUCCCGAUGUGCCCAGAAUUGAGGAACCCGAUUUCGGACCACCAGAAUUCGUUACUGAAAUUCAAAAUGUCACCGCUGAGGAAUCCGAAGCUAUGCGCUUCGAGUGCCAAGUGGAACCGAAGAACGAUCCCAAUUUACGUGUAGAAUGGUACCGCAAUGGCAAGUUGUUGCCAAGCGGUCACCGUUACAGAACCAUCUUCGAUAUGGGUUAUGUAUCGCUCGAUAUUUUGUAUAUCUAUGCUGAAGACUCUGGCGAAUAUGUGUGCCGUGCGGUGAACAAACACGGCGAGGCGCGCACCAAGGCGACAAUUUCAUGCAAGAAACUACCAACAAUUAUGCUGCAAAACCAAGUGCCACGUGGCAUGAAACCCAAUGAAACACUCACUCAAAUGGAGGCCACCAUUAAGAAAUAUACCUCAGAGGUGCACUUGACUGAGGAUGAUCUCUUCGAUCCGGAUCGCAAGCAACCACCACGCUUCGUUACACAAAUCAAGGAUCAGACCACACUCACCGAGAUGGCAACCACCAAAUUUGAAUGCCAAUUGGCGCCAGUUGGUGAUCCAAACAUGAAGGUUGAAUGGUUCUUCAAUGGCAAACCAUUGUUGUACAAGAAUCGCUUCCAACCCAUCUACGACUUCGGUUAUGUAGCCAUGAACUUUGGCUGGGUCUAUCCAGAGGACAGCGGCGAAUAUGUGUGCCGUGCCACCAAUCUCUAUGGCAAGGAUGAGACUCGCGCAUUCAUUAAGGUCUCUGGCAAGCCUGGCAUUGUCUACGACUCACAGUUGCCCGCUCAUAUGCAGGAGACAUCUAUUCAGCGCAUCCGUGAAAUGGAAGCUUCGUGGCAAGUUGUACCAGAAGAGGCCGAUCCCGAUGCAAAACCAAGAGCUAAACCGACUUUCGUUAGCAAAUUGGAACCACAAACCGUUGAAGAGGGCGAACCCGCACGUUUCUGUGUACGCGUAACUGGCCAUCCACGUCCCAGAGUUAUGUGGCUCAUCAAUGGACACACCGUUGUGCAUGGCUCACGUUACAAACUAACGAACGAUGGCAUGUUCCAUUUGGACAUACCAAAAACACGACAAUACGAUACCGGCAAGGUUGAAGUGAUCGCUAGAAAUUCAGUUGGCGAAGCGAUCGCCACCACCGAACUGAAUGUGGUCGAACGUUCAGAUGAUUAUCGCGGUGUAUUGAAGAAUUCACCACGUCCUUGGUAUGAUUAUGAGCUAACCGCUUAUCAAAAAGAACGACAAGAAACCGAGCUGGAGAAGAUAUUCGAUGAGCGCAAACAAUAUUUGGCCGAUCAAGGUAAACCACUGAAGGGUGUCGAACACUUGAAACCCAAGCAGAUCAAACAAGAAACACCCGAAUGGCAACAAACCGUUAAUGCCAAACGCAGUGAGGAUUACUACAGUAAAUUGCAAGAAUUAGAAACCGAGCAAUUGCUGAAGGAGACCAAUUUGCGCAAGGAAUCCCAUCAAUAUGCCAUACCCGGCGAGAAGGUUGUACAGAGUUCGGCUGCCAAGGGCAUGGCCAAGUCUUACGAGGAAAAUCUGGAAGAACAGUCGUCGACAACAACUACGGCUGCCAAGAAGGUUGUCAAGAAACCACCAGUUGAACCGGCAGAAUCGUCGGUACAUGGACGUGAAGUUAUCAUGAAUAAACAACAACAAACACAAAAGGAAGUUGUUGGCGAUUUGGAGAUUACACGCAAGAUUACUGCUACCGAAACGACUGAAAUGGAGCAUAAGGGCACCGUGCAGGAGCGCGUUGUCAAGGGACCCGUAUUACCCUCGAAGCCACCAGUGUUCACCAAGAAGAUACAACCAUGCCGCGUGUUCGAAAACGAGCAGGCUAAGUUUGAGGUUGAGUUCGAUGGCGAACCAAUGCCCACCGUUAAGUGGUACCGUGAAAGCUUCCCCAUCAAGAAUUCACCGGAUUUGCAAAUCCACACCUUCAGCGGCAAAUCCAUACUGAUCAUACGCCAGGUGUUCGUCGAAGACUCGGCUGUGUUCUCUUGUAUCGCCGAGAAUCGUGGAGGCACUGCCAAGUGCAGCGCCAAUUUGGUGGUUGAGGAACGUCGCCGUGCCGGCAAAGGUGGACUAACACCACCCAGCUUUGUGAGUGUAAUUCAAAGCGCCACCGUUGCCACCGGUCAAUUGGCACGUUUCGACGCCAAGGUAACCGGCUCACGCCCAAUGGAUGUCUAUUGGUUGAAGAACGGUCAAAAGGUACAGCCAAGCAUUAAAUACAAAAUGCUUGAAGAGGACAAUGUUUACACGCUACUCAUUAUCGAGCCAUUCGCUGAAGAUUCAGGCCGUUAUGAGUGUGUUGCCGUUAAUGUAGCCGGUGAGGCACGUUGCGAUGCCGAUUGCAUUGUACAAUCACCCACCAAACCAGACAAGCCCACCACACCGGGCAGUGAGAAGCCACCACAUAUUGUCGAGAAAUUGAAGAGUCAAUCCGUUGAGGAGGGUAGCAAAGUAAUCUUCCGUUGUCGCAUUGAGGGUAAACCCACACCGACAGCACGUUGGUAUCGUGGUGAAAAUAUUGUGAAGCCAUCGCGUUACUUCCAAAUGACACGUCAAGGUGAAUACUAUCAACUGGUGAUUUCCGAAGCCUUCCCCGAGGAUGAGGGCACUUACAAGUGUGUCGCCGAGAAUAAGCUGGGCAGCAUUAAUACCAGCGCUCAAUUGAAGGUGCGUCCAAUUGAGAAUCUCGACGCCCCACCAACCAUUACCGCACUGAAGGAUGUUUCCGUGUCGGAGGGUAUGCCAGCACAAUUCAAAACCACCGUUACCGGUAAAGUGAAGGCCACCAGUGUGCAAUGGUUCCGUGAGGGUUCUCUUAUACCGGAAACCCCUGACUUCCAAAUGAUCUUCGAUGGAAAUAGUGCCGUACUACUUAUUGGAACCACUUAUGAGGAGGAUUCGGGCAUUUUCACCGUACGCGUCACCUCAUCAACUGGACAGGUCGAGUCAUCAGCUAAGUUGACUGUUAAAAAACGACGCAUUUCGGCCUUCCAGUUACGGCCAAUCGAUUCCGUUGAAGAUGAGACCUCAUCCUCAGGCAAAGAAGACAGCUCACCCGAGUCUCCACGCCCCCAACAGCCCGGCGCACCACAGUAUGGCCAAUAUUUGGCCAUCAAUGGGCAUACACCACAUCAGGGGCGUCCACGUACGAAGAAGCCACGUAGUAAAUCAUUGCAGCCACAAUCAAACAUAGUGCCCUGGCGUAAAUCAUCACGUCCACGACGUGGUCGUUCGCUAGACAAACAACCCUUCUUCCCCGGUUACAAGCCAGAACCGGUUAAAUCAUGGACUGAGGAAACGAUAAGUCUGAAGCCGACACCAAUCGAAAAGAAAGUAAUUCCGAAAAUGGAAGCCGCUAAGGUUGAACUCAAAUCCAUUAAGGAACAACGUAAUCAAGGUUUGAUGGGUAUCGGCGCAACGCUCGAUCAAAUUAUCGCUGGUAAGACUGAAAAGGAAGCCAUUCCAUGGAUUGUGAUGCGUGACAAAUUGAAACAUGUCGAAAGUGUACAACAACAAUUGGACAAAUUCGAUUUGGAUGAAGUGUAUCUGCGACCAAUCGAACAGCCAAUCGUUACAGAUCAACAAGCACCACAACAGGCGCAACAGGAACAAAUUGAACGUACCAAAGAGAUACAGCGUCUACGCAGUAUGGAGAGUAUUGAAAUCACCGAGAUGACGGAGCAGAUCGAGAAGUUGAUUACGAAACAUCAAAAGGAAGACGCAAUACCAUGGAAGGAAAUGCGCCAGCAUUUGAAGAGUGUACAACGUGUCACCAAUCAAAUUGAGAAGUUCAAAAUUGAAGAAGUAGAACUGCGCCAUCUGCAGGCACAGACCUCAACCACAGAGGAAGUAAGUAGCGCAACACAAGGUACGGUCUCAAUGUUGGUUGACGAGAGCUCUAAGGGCUCCAUACAGAAGGUGUUACGCAAGGAGGAUCUGCAGCAAUAUGAAGAUGUCAAUGAGAUCCAUAAACAACAGUAUAUUAUAAGUGAAGAUAUUAAUAUGCUGAGUGUUGCUGAGCGUGAAAAGCUGGAGGCGCAACGUAUCAUUCAACAACAGCAACCCGUAAACUGGCGUCAAGGACGUAAAGUGCCCACAUUGCAGCCACUCACCUCGACUGAGGAUACCUCAAUACUGAAGACUGGUCUAACGACACAAGAACAGUUUGAACAAAGCUUGCAACAACAAAAAUACACCACCGUUGAAGACACAAAAAUGAUGAGCAUUGAAGAGUAUGAGCAUCUGCAAAUGUUGAAACGUACACAAGAAGAGAAGGCUGUAGAAUGGCGUCAGCAGCGACAAACACAGGAGUUCCAACAAAUUGAGGACUCCACCAGACUUUCGUUGCAACAACGACAAGAUACGGAAGAACAACAAUUCGCACAGCCACAACCGGCCUUGUGGGAUCGUGGCAGAAAGAAGCCACAGCCGCAACAGGCACAACCACAAGCACCGCAACCCACACAGCAAUAUCCUGAGCAACCUAAGACUUAUGAGGAAGCAGUGGAUGAGCUGCCUGAGGAGCCGGUAAAACCAACCGAACAACCUACACCAGUUAUGUGGGAACGUGGUAGAAAGAAGGUCACUACACAACAACAGCAAAUCACUGAUGUGCAACAAGUCACUGAAGUAGCUCAGCAACAAAUCGUGGAACAACAACAAGUGAUCGAACAAAGAGAAUUUGUUGAAGAAACCAAGAAGACCAGCGUACGCAAAAUAAUUGCGCCACGUGAGCCUGAACAGAAACUAGAGCAAGUUGUACUCAAGCCCACACCACGCCCACGUCCGAAGUUGCCACAAAAGACCGAAGAAGUGCAAUUACAAACAUUGAAACGUACGCAGGCUACACAUACUGUGGAAGAACAGCCGACCAAAGCCUACGAAGAAGCUGUGGAUACACUUGAAGAAGAAGUAGUACCACAACAACCGAUUGCACCCGAACCAGUAUUAUGGGAACGUGGCAAGAAGAAGCCCGCUAAGUUUGAGGAAGUUAUUGCUGAACAACCAACGAAAACUUAUGAGGAGGCUGUGGAUGGACUACCGGAGCAGCCUGUAUCACAAAUCACAGAACAGCCACAACCUGCGUUGUGGGAACGUGGCAAGAAGAAGUCUACGGUGCAAGCUGAAGUAGUGCAGCAAGUGGCGCAACAACAGCAAACGAUUGAGCAACAAACUGUGGUGGAAGAGGUUAAGAAAGUUACACGUAAAGUAAUACCACAAGAACCAGAACAGAAGAUGGAACAAGUGGUGCUUAAGCCAACACCACGGCAGAAACCCAAAGAAGCACCUAAAGCUGAAGAAGUCCAACUUAAACCAGCCAAACGACCACAACCAACACGCGCUGUGGAGGAGGAACAACAGCAACCGACGAAGGCAUUUGAAGAAGCAGUUGAUGAGCUUCCUGAAGAACCAAAACCACAGCAACCCGAGCAGCAACCGGUCCUAUGGGAACGUGGUAAGAAGAAACCUAUCAAACCUGUAGAGGAAAAGGUGGAAGAGCUACCCACUAAAGCAUAUGAGGAAGUUGUGGAUGAAUUAGUGGAGGAACCUAUUCCUCAGCAAGAGGAGCAGCCACAGCCUGUAAUGUGGGAACGUGGUAAACGUGUAAAACCACAGCCACAAGAGAUUGCAGAAGUUGAACAAAAGGUAGAAGAGCAUGUUUCGGAAGAAGUCGCCGUUGUUGAGGAAGUUAAAAAGAAGGCUACACGUAAAAUUAUUCCACAAGAGCCCGAAAAAGUGGAGCAAGUGGUGCUUAAACCUACUCCAAGACAAAAACCAAAAGAAACGCCAAAGGCUGAAGAGGUACAAUUAAAGCCCACCAGACGGCCACAACCAACACAAGUUGUCGAAGAAAAGUCUCAAGAACCCACGAAAGCAUAUGAAGAAGCCGUGGAUGAAAUAAUCGAAGAAACGGCUCAAGUAGAAGAACAGCCACAACCUGUUAUGUGGGAACGUGGUAAGAAGAAGAAGCCUGCUAAACAGCCAGAGGAGAAGAUAGAAGAGGUUCCCGUAUUACAAACAAAAGAAGAAGUUGUUGAUGUAAUCGAGGAGCCAAAGCCUGAGCAACCAGCAGAAAAGCCUGUGUUGUGGGAACGCGGUAAGAAGAAAUCAAAGCCACAAGAAGUUGAAGUUGUCGAAACCCAGAAAGAGGAAGUACAAGAGCAAGAAGUAGUUGAGAAGAAGAAGGUCAAGAAAGUUAAGAAACGCCCAAGUGUAACUGAGAUAGUACAAACUGAAGACGUAACACCAAGUGUAGAAGAAGAAGAAGUUAUUGAAGAAACACCAGAGGAAGCACAACCAACAAUUGAUGAAGAAAAAACGAUGGAAGAGACAACAGAAAUUAUAGAGAAAGUCAAAAUUAAGAAGGUGAAGAAACCUAAAGUCAAACCAGAAGAGGAAAUUGAAAUUACAGAAACUCCGGAAGAAAUUGUGGAAGAAGCUGUUGAAGAUGUCAGUAUUGCAGAAGAAAGUGUUGAAGAAAAGAAACGUAAAAUCAAAAAGGUAAAGAAACCUAAGAAGGUUAAAAUUGCCGAUGAAGUAGAAGAAAUUCAACCUGAGGAAGAGGAAGAAGAAGAAGAAAUACAGCCAGAAGAACCAGUACCAGAAGAAAGUGUUCCGAUUAAACGUAAAGAAAUUAAACCACAAGAGCCUGAACAAGUAGAAAAGGUGUCACUUAAACCGGUACCACGUAAGCAGUUACCCAAACCAGAGCAAGAGAAACCAGAAGAAGUCACACUUAAACCAGUUAAGAAACAUAUAGUUUCUGAAGAUAUACAGCAACCCACAGAAGCUGAGGUUGAAACUUAUGAAGAAGCUCCUGAGAAAGUUGUGGAGGAAGUCAUCGAAGAAGUAACGAAGAAACGUGUCAAGAAGAAGAAGCCCAAGAAGAAGGCAGUUGAGCAAGAAGAAGAAGAGGAAGUCGAACAACCCACCGAAGAAGUAGAAGAGGAAGAAGAAGAAAUUGUAGAACCGGUACCAGAAAUUGAAGAACAACCAAUCGAAGAAGUUGUUGAAACUGAAGAGAUUGCGCCACAACCUAAACCGAAAGCUAAGCCAAUACCGGUCGAAGAAAAGGUGGAAGAAGUUUCACUCAAACCAAUAAGAAAAGCUAAAAAGCCUCUGCCUGAAGAACAAACCAUCGAAGAGGUAAAACUGAAACCCGUAAGACGGCCACAACAAGUGCCAGAAGAACAGCAGCUAGAAGAAGUAGUUCUGCAGCAUGUGGAGAAGCAAGCAGAAGAAAUAAUAGUUGAAGAAAAGAAAAAGACAAAGCGUGUUAAAAAGCCAAAGCCAGAGGAGUUGCCAGAAAUACCAGAUGCAGAGCCGGUACAACUUGAAGAAGCUGAGCAUUACGAUAUUGAAAAAGAACCGAUUGUAGAAGAACCACAACCGCAAGUGCCAUGGAAGCGUGGCGAAAAGAAGAAGCCCGUUGAAGAACCCAUUGAAGAAAAACAAUGGCCCACAGGUAAGAGAAAGCCACGAGCUGAAGAACAACCAGAGGAAGUCGCUCUCAAACCAAUACCACAAAAACCAAAAGAAGAACCAGUGCAACCAAUUAAAGAAGUUCCAGCACCUAAAUUGGCGCCAGAAGAACGACCACAACCCGAAGAGGAAGAACUCGAAAUCACGCCCAUACCCGUUGAAGAUGAAACUAAGCCACAGAAAGAGAAGCCAAAGAAAGAAAAGAAAAAGAAACCGAAAUUGCAAAAGGCAACACCAUCAGUUGAUGAAAUCACUGAAGAAAUCGCAGAACCAUUCAAUGAGCCAAUCACCGAAGAAGAUCAAGUAGAUGAAAUACCGAUUGACGAAAUCAAGGAAGUGGCCGUAUCUGAAGAAGUUUUACCCGAAGAAGAAGUCGUGCCAACUGAAGACCUGCCCACCACCAAGCAGAAAGCACAUAAGAAACGCACAAAACGCCUAAAGGAUGCAUCCUUCGAAGAGCAGCCACAGCUGCUUGAAGCCGAAAUUGUGGAUCUUGAAGCUGAAGAGAUCAUAACACAAGAAACUUCACAAGAAGUCUCACAAAAGACUAUAACACUUAAGAAGACCGAAGACAACCGACCACAAUUCAUUACCACCGAGCAAUUAAUCGAGCUCGAUGUUGAAGAUGUGCGACGUGGCAUCGACAUGAAAGUUACAUCCAAUAUUGUUAAGAAAGAAACGCGGCGUAUCAUAUUGGACGACAGUCAACCAUUACCCGAGCUUGAGCUAAUCACGCAAAAACGCAUACAAGAGGGUAUCGAUAUGCUGCCCGAUGAAGAACUGAUCGAAGAUCAGACCGUGCCACAAAAGGAAGAGACCACAACAUCCGAAGUGCAACGCCAAGAGCGUAAGUUGGUGCGCAAGAAGAAGAAGGAAAUCAAACCACCACGUAUUACCGAAAAGUUACGACCGGUCAUGUGCACACCAGAAGCGCCCACAGAGUUGGAGUGCAAGAUUGAGGGUACACCAUUCCCCGAAAUCAGCUGGUAUUUCAACGAUGUGCUCUUGUUCGCUUCGGAGAAGUAUGAAAUUACGGUAAUGGAAGAUGUAGCCAAACUGAAGAUAGCCAAGGUCACGCCCAGCGAUGUGGGCGUAUACACUUGCGAGGCGCGCAACGAAGCCGGCGUAGCAACGAGUCGUGCCAAUAUCUUUUUAGAAAAAGAACAAGGCAUUGCACCACAAUUCACAAAACCGCUCAAAAUCGAGUUCACCGAAGAGAAGGAACCCGAAUUGUUGAGAGUCACUGUGACUUGUCAAGUUGUCGGCAAGCCAAUGCCACAAGUGAAAUGGUAUCGCGGCACCGAAGAGGUCAUACCCAGCGAAACUGUACAGACAUUCUACAACGAAGAGACCGGCGAUGUUGCUUUGGAGGUUAUCAAUCCAACACCGAAUGUAGCGAUCACAUACUCAGUGCAAGCACAAAACGAUUUCGGACGCGCUCUUGGCAAUGCCAACAUACUUAGCCGCGUAGACGAGGCACCAUUGGAGGUAUUGAAACCACCUAAAGUGACACCGCUGAGUGCACAAGUCAUACCGACCGGUGGUACCUUGUUGUUCGAGGCCAAAUAUGAGGGUACACCACGACCGGAAAUCGUUUGGUUACGCAAUGGUCGUGAAAUACAAAUCAAUGAGGAUGUCACAAUCGAGACGACCGAGACCACGACCAUAAUCAAGAUAAUCAAUAUGAAUCGCAAACGUAGCGGUAAAUAUGAAGUGUGUGCUAAGAAUACAGUUGGUGAGGCGAAAUCUUCGGGUUCGGUAAUGGUUACCGAUCAAGCGCCCGAUAAAGAGAUUAUACCACCACGUUUCGUACAGCCAUUGCAACCGAAGUACUUUGGUGAAAAUGAAGUAGCCAUAUUGGAGGCUGUUGUCACAUCUGAACCACUCUCGUCAUUCCAAUGGUUUGUGAAUUUGGAACCCAUCAAGAGCACAAACGAAUGUCGUAUAGUUUCGCAGGCGAACAAAUCGACACUAUUGAUUGAGAAUUUCCAGCGUAAAUUCGUUGGUCCGUAUACAUGUCGUGCGGAGAAUGUUGGCGGUUCGGUUACAUCGACGGCCACCGUUAAAUUACUGGAAGAUAGUCCGCAAGAGAGUGUGGAAGAAUUCGAAUCACCACGAUUCGUUGAAGAAUUGUUAGAGCCGAUUACGGUAAUGGAUGGUGAGGCAUUAUUGCUCACCUGCAAAGUGGUUGGCAAGCCGACGCCGCGAGUCGAAUGGUAUCAUAAUGAGGAGAAAAUUGUGGAAACCAAAGAGACGUUAAUCUCACAGGAUGCCGAUGGCUUAUGUCAGUUGCAAAUCACCGAAGUAUUCCCCGAAAAUGAUGGCGAAUACAAGUGUGUGGCCAGCAAUAAAAUUGGCGAAGCGCUAACAACGACAUUUGUUAAUAUACAAGCAUUUGAAUAUAUCCCCGAUUCUGAAAUCACUGGACUCACUGGCUCCGAAGAGGAUCUCCUGGACAAGACUCUUUCAAUCGACGAACAACCACCGAAAAUCAUUAAGAAAUUACCUGAAAAAAUCGAACCCAAAGAGGGUGAACUAGCGAAAUUGGAAGUUAAGGUUACUGGUAAACCAAAACCAAAAGUCAAAUGGCUGCGCGACGACGAAGAGAUAUUCGCUUCCGAAGAAUAUCAAAUCGAAAAUUUCGAAGAUGGCACCUCAGUGCUGGUCAUCAAUCAUGUCUAUCCCGAUGAUGUGGGCAUCAUUAGCUUUGAGGCGCACAAUCCAUUGGGUGUAGCUGUGACAACGGCGCUCUUUGCGGUCGAAGGCAUCGUUGGAACUAAGGACUACCGCAAACCAGAAUGGGUAACGCAUAUGGAAGAAAUGCAGAAGGCGCUUAAAGACGACAAGCAAGCAGAAACCACAGUCACUGUUGAAGAAACUCCUGUUGAGAAAGCUCCCGAGGAAAUUAAAGAAUUACCCGAAGAGGUACGUGUGGUUGAAACCAUCUCUGAAGACGGUAAACCAAAGAAAAAGAAGAUUCGCACACGUGUAAUCAAGAAGGUGAAGGGUGACAAACAAGAAGUCACAAAGAUCGAAACCGUCGAAGAAGAUGACAAACAACCAGAAAUCACAGUUACUGUUGAAGAAACUCCCGUUGAGGAAGCACCUGAGGAAGUUAGAGAAAUGCCCGAAGAGGUGCGUGUGGUUGAGACCAUCUCCGAAGACGGUAAACCAAAGAAAAAGAAGAUUCGCACACGCGUAAUCAAGAAGGUGAAGGGUGACAAACAAGAAGUCACGAAGAUCGAAACCGUCGAAGAAGAUGACAAACAACCAGACACCACUGUCACUGUUGAAGAAACUCCCGUUGAGGAAGCACCUGAGGAAGUUAGAGAAAUGCCCGAAGAGGUGCGUGUGGUUGAGACCAUCUCCGAAGACGGUAAACCAAAGAAGAAGAAGAUUCGCACACGUGUAAUCAAGAAGGUGAAGGGUGACAAACAAGAAGUCACGAAGAUCGAAACCGUCGAAGAAGAUGACAAACAACCAGAAACCACAGUCACAGUUGAAGAGACACCUGUUGAGGAAGCACCUGAGGAAGUUAGAGAAAUGCACGAAGAGGUGCGUGUGGUUGAGACCAUCUCCGAAGACGGUAAACCAAAGAAGAAGAAGAUUCGCACACGCGUAAUAAAGAAGGUGAAGGGUGACAAACAAGAAGUCACGAAGAUCGAAACCGUCGAAGAAGAUGACAAGCAACCAGAAACCACAGUCACUGUUGAAGAAACUCCCGUUGAGGAAGCACCUGAGGAAGUUAGAGAAAUGCCAGAAGAGGUGCGUGUGGUUGAAACCAUCUCCGAAGACGGUAAACCAAAGAAGAAGAAGAUUCGCACACGUGUAAUCAAAAAGGUGAAGGGUGACAAACAAGAAGUCACGAAGAUCGAAACCGUUGAAGAAGAUGACAAGCAACCAGAAACCACAGUCACUGUUGAAGAAACUCCCGUUGAGGAAGCACCUGAGGAAGUUAGAGAAAUGCCCGAAGAAGUGCGUGUGUUUGAAACCAUCUCCGAAGACGGUAAACCAAAGAAAAAGAAGAUUCGCACACGCGUAAUCAAGAAGGUGAAGGGUGACAAACAAGAAGUCACGAAGAUCGAAACCGUAGAAGAAGAUGACAAACAACCAGAAACCACAGUCACUAUUGAAGAAACUCCUAUUGAGGAAGCACCUGAGGAAGUUAGAGAAAUGCCCGAAGAAGUGCGUGUGUUUGAGACCAUCUCCGAAGACGGUAAACCAAAGAAAAAGAAGAUUCGCACACGCGUAAUCAAGAAGGUGAAGGGUGACAAACAAGAAGUCACGAAGAUCGAAACCGUCGAAGAAGAUGACAAACAACCAGAAACCACAGUCACUGUUGAAGAAACUCCCGUUGAGGAAGCACCUGAGGAAGUUAGAGAAAUGCCCGAAGAGGUGCGUGUGGUUGAGACCAUCUCCGAAGACGGUAAACCAAAGAAGAAGAAGAUUCGCACACGCGUAAUCAAGAAGGUGAAGGGUGACAAACAAGAAGUCACGAAGAUCGAAACCGUCGAAGAAGAUGACAAACAACCAGAAACCACAGUCACUGUUGAAGAAACUCCCGUUGAGGAAGCACCUGAGGAAGUUAGAGAAAUGCCCGAAGAGGUGCGUGUCGUUGAAACCAUCUCCGAAGACGGUAAACCAAAGAAAAAGAAGAUUCGCACACGCGUAAUCAAGAAGGUGAAGGGUGACAAACAAGAAGUCACGAAGAUCGAAACCGUCGAAGAAGAUGACAAACAACCAGAAACCACAGUCACUGCUGAAGAAACUCCCGUUGAGGAAGCACCUGAGGAAGUUAGAGAAAUGCCCGAAGAAGUGCGUGUGUUUGAAACCAUCUCCGAAGACGGUAAACCAAAGAAAAAGAAGAUUCGCACACGCGUAAUCAAGAAGGUGAAGGGUGACAAACAAGAAGUCACGAAAAUCGAAACCGUCGAAGAAGAUGACAAACAACCAGAAACCACAGUCACUGUUGAAGAAACUCCCGUUGAGGAAGCACCUGAGGAAGUUAGAGAAAUGCCCGAAGAGGUGCGUGUCGUUGAAACCAUCUCCGAAGACGGUAAACCAAAGAAAAAGAAGAUUCGCACACGCGUAAUCAAGAAGGUGAAGGGUGACAAACAAGAAGUCACGAAGAUCGAAACCGUCGAAGAAGAUGACAAACAACCAGAAACCACAGUCACUGUUGAAGAAACUCCCGUUCUGGAAGCACCUGAGGAAGUUAGAGAAAUGCCCGAAGAGGUGCGUGUGGUUGAGACCAUCUCCGAAGACGGUAAACCAAAGAAGAAGAAGAUUCGCACACGUGUAAUCAAAAAGGUGAAGGGUGACAAACAAGAAGUCACGAAAAUCGAAACCGUCGAAGAAGAUGACAAACAACCAGAAAUCACAGUCACAGUUGAAGAGACCCCUGUUGAGGAAGCACCUGAGGAAGUUAGAGAAAUGCCCGAAGAGGUGCGUGUGGUUGAAACCAUCUCCGAAGACGGUAAACCAAAGAAGAAGAAGAUUCGCACACGUGUAAUCAAAAAGGUGAAGGGUGACAAACAAGAAGUCACGAAAAUCGAAACCGUCGAAGAAGAUGACAAACAACCAGAAAUCACAGUCACAGUUGAAGAGACCCCUGUUGAGGAAGCACCUGAGGAAGUUAGAGAAAUGCCCGAAGAGGUGCAUGUUGUUGAGACCAUCUCCGAAGACGGUAAACCAAAGAAGAAGAAGAUUCGCACACGUGUAAUAAAGAAGGUGAAGGGUGGCAAACAAGAAGUCACAAAGAUCGAAACCGUCGAAGAAGAUGACAAACAACCAGAAAUCACAGUUACUGUUGAAGAAACUCCCGUUGAGGAAGCACCUGAGGAAGUUAGAGAAAUGCCCGAAGAGGUGCGUGUGGUUGAGACCAUCUCCGAAGACGGUAAACCAAAGAAAAAGAAGAUUCGCACACGUGUAAUCAAAAAGGUGAAGGGUGACAAACAAGAAGUCACGAAGAUCGAAACCGUCGAAGAAGAUGACAAACAACCAGAAACCACAGUCACUGUUGAAGAAACUCCCGUUGAGGAAGCACCUGAGGAAGUUAGAGAAAUGCCCGAAGAGGUGCGUGUCGUUGAAACCAUCUCCGAAGACGGUAAACCAAAGAAAAAGAAGAUUCGCACACGCGUAAUCAAGAAGGUGAAGGGUGACAAACAAGAAGUCACGAAGAUCGAAACCGUCGAAGAAGAUGACAAACAACCAGAAACCACAGUCACUGUUGAAGAAACUCCCGUUCUGGAAGCACCUGAGGAAGUUAGAGAAAUGCCCGAAGAGGUGCGUGUGGUUGAGACCAUCUCCGAAGACGGUAAACCAAAGAAGAAGAAGAUUCGCACACGUGUAAUCAAAAAGGUGAAGGGUGACAAACAAGAAGUCACGAAAAUCGAAACCGUCGAAGAAGAUGACAAACAACCAGAAAUCACAGUCACAGUUGAAGAGACCCCUGUUGAGGAAGCACCUGAGGAAGUUAGAGAAAUGCCCGAAGAGGUGCGUGUGGUUGAAACCAUCUCCGAAGACGGUAAACCAAAGAAGAAGAAGAUUCGAACACGUGUAAUCAAAAAGGUGAAGGGUGACAAACAAGAAGUCACGAAAAUCGAAACCGUCGAAGAAGAUGACAAACAACCAGAAAUCACAGUCACAGUUGAAGAGACCCCUGUUGAGGAAGCACCUGAGGAAGUUAGAGAAAUGCCCGAAGAGGUGCGUGUGGUUGAGACCAUCUCCGAAGACGGUAAACCAAAGAAGAAGAAGAUUCGCACACGUGUAAUAAAGAAGGUGAAGGGUGGCAAACAAGAAGUCACGAAGAUCGAAACCGUUGAAGAAGAUGACAAGCAACCAGAAACCACAGUCACUGUUGAAGAAACUCCCGUUGAGGAAGCACCUGAGGAAGUUAGAGAAAUGCCCGAAGAGGUGCAUGUUGUUGAGACCAUCUCCGAAGACGGUAAACCAAAGAAGAAGAAGAUUCGCACACGUGUAAUAAAGAAGGUGAAGGGUGGCAAACAAGAAGUCACAAAGAUCGAAACCGUCGAAGAAGAUGACAAACAACCAGAAAUCACAGUUACUGUUGAAGAAACUCCCGUUGAGGAAGCACCUGAGGAAGUUAGAGAAAUGCCCGAAGAGGUGCGUGUGGUUGAGACCAUCUCCGAAGACGGUAAACCAAAGAAAAAGAAGAUUCGCACACGUGUAAUCAAAAAGGUGAAGGGUGACAAACAAGAAGUCACGAAGAUCGAAACCGUCGAAGAAGAUGACAAACAACCAGAAACCACAGUCACUGUUGAAGAAACUCCCGUUGAGGAAGCACCUGAGGAAGUUAGAGAAAUGCCCGAAGAGGUGCGUGUCGUUGAAACCAUCUCCGAAGACGGUAAACCAAAGAAGAAGAAGAUUCGCACACGUGUAAUCAAGAAGGUGAAGGGUGACAAACAAGAAGUCACGAAGAUCGAAACCGUCGAAGAAGAUGACAAACAACCAGAAACCACAGUCACUGUUGAAGAAACUCCCGUUGAGGAAGCACCUGAGGAAGUUAGAGAAAUGCCCGAAGAGGUGCGUGUCGUUGAAACCAUCUCCGAAGACGGUAAACCAAAGAAGAAGAAGAUUCGCACACGUGUAAUCAAGAAGGUGAAGGGUGACAAACAAGAAGUCACGAAGAUCGAAACCGUCGAAGAAGAUGACAAACAACCAGAAACCACAGUCACUGUUGAAGAAACUCCCGUUGAGGAAGCACCUAAGGAAGUUAAAGAAAUGCCCGAAGAGGUGCGUGUGGUUGAGACCAUCUCCGAAGACGGUAAACCAAAGAAGAAGAAGAUUCGCACACGUGUAAUCAAAAAGGUGAGGGGUGGCAAACAAGAAGUCACAAAGAUCGAAACCGUCGAAGAAGAUGACAAACAACCAGAAACCACAGUCACAGUUGAAGAGACCCCUGUUGAGGAAGCACCUGAGGAAGUUAGAGAAAUGUCCGAAGAGGUGCGUGUGGUUGAGACCAUCUCCGAAGACGGUAAACCAAAGAAGAAGAAGAUUCGCACACGUGUAAUAAAGAAGAUGAAGGGUGGCAAACAAGAAGUCACGAAGAUCGAAACCGUCGAAGAAGAUGACAAACAACCAGAAACCACAGUCACAGUUGAAGAGACCCCUGUUGAGGAAGCACCUGAGGAAGUUAGAGAAAUGCCCGAAGAGGUGCGUGUGGUUGAGACCAUCUCCGAAGACGGUAAACCAAAGAAGAAGAAGAUUCGCACACGUGUAAUAAAGAAGGUGAAGGGUGGCAAACAAGAAGUCACGAAGAUCGAAACCGUCGAAGAAGAUGACAAACAACCAGAAACCACAGUCACUGUUGAAGAAACGCCUAUUGAGGAAGCACCUGAGGAAGUUAGCGAAAUGCCCGAAGAGGUGCGUGUGGUUGAGACCAUCUCCGAAGACGGUAAACCAAAGAAGAAGAAGAUUCGCACACGUGUAAUCAAAAAGGUGAAGGGUGGCAAACAAGAAGUCACGAAGAUCGAAACCGUUGAAGAAGAUGACAAGCAACCAGAAACAACAGUCACUGUUGAAGAAACUCCCGUUGAGGAAGCACCUGAGGAAGUUAAAGAAAUGCCCGAAGAGGUGCGUGUGGUUGAGACCAUCUCCGAAGACGGUAAACCAAAGAAGAAGAAGAUUCGCACACGUGUAAUAAAGAAGGUGAAGGGUGGCAAACAAGAAGUCACAAAGAUCGAAACCGUCGAAGAAGAUGACAAACAACCACAAACCACAGUCACAGUUGAAGAGACCCCUGUUGAGGAAGCACCUGAGGAAGUUAGAGAAAUGCCCGAAGAGGUGCGUGUGGUUGAGACCAUCUCCGAAGACGGUAAACCAAAGAAGAAGAAGAUUCGCACACGUGUAAUAAAGAAGGUGAAGGGUGGCAAACAAGAAGUCACGAAGAUCGAAACCGUUGAAGAAGAUGACAAACAACCAGAAACCACAGUCACUGUUGAAGAAACUCCUAUUGAGGAAGCACCUGAGGAAGUUAGCGAAAUGCCCGAAGAGGUGCGCGUGGUUGAGACCAUCUCCGAAGACGGUAAACCAAAGAAGAAGAAGAUUCGCACACGUGUAAUCAAAAAGGUGAAGGGUGACAAACAAGAAGUUACGAAGAUCGAAACCGUUGAAGAAGAUGACAAGCAACCAGAAACCACAGUCACUGUUGAAGAAACUCCCGUUGAGGAAGCACCUGAGGAAGUUAAAGAAAUGCCCGAAGAGGUGCGUGUGGUUGAGACCAUCUCCGAAGACGGUAAACCAAAGAAGAAGAAGAUUCGCACACGUGUAAUCAAAAAGGUGAAGGGUGGCAAACAAGAAGUCACAAAGAUCGAAACCGUCGAAGAAGAUGACAAACAACCAGAAACCACAGUCACUGUUGAAGAAACUCUUAUUGAGGAAGCACCUGAGGAAGUUAGCGAAAUGCCCGAAGAGGUGCGUGUGGUUGAGACCAUCUCCGAAGACGGUAAACCAAAGAAGAAGAAGAUACGCACACGUGUAAUCAAAAAGGUGAAGGGUGGCAAACAAGAAGUCACAAAGAUCGAAACCGUCGAAGAAGAUGACAAACAACCACAAACCACAGUCACAGUUGAAGAGGCCCCUGUUGAGGAAGCAUCUGAGGAAGUUAGAGAAAUGCCCGAAGAGGUGCGUGUGGUUGAGACCAUCUCCGAAGACGGUAAACCAAAGAAGAAGAAGAUUCGCACACGUGUAAUAAAGAAGGUGAAGGGUGGCAAACAAGAAGUCACGAAGAUCGAAACCGUCGAAGAAGAAGACAAACAACCAGAAACCACAGUCACAGUUGAAGAGACCCCUGUUGAGGAAGCACCUGAGGAAGUUAGAGAAAUGCCCGAAGAGGUGCGUGUGGUUGAGACCAUCUCCGAAGACGGUAAACCAAAGAAGAAGAAGAUUCGCACACGUGUAAUCAAAAAGGUGAAGGGUGGCAAACAAGAAGUCACAAAGAUCGAAACCGUCGAAGAAGAUGACAAACAACCACAAACCACAGUCACAGUUGAAGAGACCCCUGUUGAGGAAGCACCUGAGGAAGUUAAAGAAAUGCCCGAAGAGGUGCGUGUGGUUGAGACCAUCUCCGAAGACGGUAAACCAAAGAAGAAGAAGAUUCGCACACGUGUAAUAAAGAAGGUGAAGGGUGGCAAACAAGAAGUCACAAAGAUCGAAACCGUCGAAGAAGAUGACAAACAACCAAAAACCACAGUCACAGUUGAAGAGGCCCCUGUUGAGGAAGCAUCUGAGGAAGUUAGAGAAAUGCCCGAAGAGGUGCGUGUGGUUGAGACCAUCUCCGAAGACGGUAAACCAAAGAAGAAGAAGAUUCGCACACGUGUAAUCAAAAAGGUGAAGGGUGGCAAACAAGAAGUCACAAAGAUCGAAACCGUCGAAGAAGAAGACAAACAACCAGAAACCACAGUCACAGUUGAAGAGACCCCUGUUGAGGAAGCACCUGAGGAAGUUAGAGAAAUGCCCGAAGAGGUGCGUGUGGUUGAGACCAUCUCCGAAGACGGUAAACCAAAGAAGAAGAAGAUUCGCACACGUGUAAUAAAGAAGGUGAAGGGUGGCAAACAAGAAGUCACGAAAAUCGAAACCGUCGAAGAAGAUGACAAGCAACCAGAAACCACAGUCACUGUUGAAGAAACUCCCGUUGAGGAAGCACCUGAGGAAGUUAAAGAAAUGCCCGAAGAGGUGCGUGUGGUUGAGACCAUCUCCGAAGACGGUAAACUAAAGAAGAAGAAGAUUCGCACACGUGUAAUCAAAAAGGUGAAGGGUGGCACACAAGAAGUCACAAAGAUCGAAACCGUCGAAGAAGAUGACAAACAACCAGAAACCACAGUCACAGUUGAAGAGACCCCUGUUGAGGAAGCAUCUGAGGAAGUUAGAGAAAUGCCCGAAGAGGUGCGUGUGGUUGAGACCAUCUCCGAAGACGGUAAACCAAAGAAGAAGAAGAUUCGCACACGUGUAAUAAAGAAGGUGAAGGGUGGCAAACAAGAAGUCACGAAGAUCGAAACCGUCGAAGAAGAAGACAAACAACCAGAAACCACAGUCACAGUUGAAGAGACCCCUGUUGAGGAAGCACCUGAGGAAGUUAGAGAAAUGCCCGAAGAGGUGCGUGUGGUUGAGACAAUCUCCGAAGACGGUAAACCAAAGAAGAAGAAGAUUCGCACACGUGUAAUAAAGAAGGUGAAGGGUGGCAAACAAGAAGUCACGAAAAUCGAAACCGUCGAAGAAGAUGACAAACAACCAGAAACCACAGUCACAGUUGAAGAGACCCCUGUUGAGGAAGCACCUGAGGAAGUUAGAGAAAUGCCCGAAGAGGUGCGUGUGGUUGAGACCAUCUCCGAAGACGGUAAACCAAAGAAGAAGAAGAUUCGAACACGUGUAAUAAAGAAGGUGAAGGGUGGCAAACAAGAAGUCACGAAAAUCGAAACCGUCGAAGAAGAUGACAAACAACCAGAAACCACAGUCACAGUUGAAGAAACUCCUAAUGAGGAAGCACCUGAGGAAGUUAGCGAAAUGCCCGAAGAAGUGCGUGUGGUUGAGACCAUCUCCGAAGACGGUAAACCAAAGAAGAAGAAGAUUCGCACACGUGUAAUCAAAAAGGUGAAGGGUGACAAACAAGAAGUCACGAAGAUCGAAACCGUUGAAGAAGAUGACAAGCAACCAGAAACCACAGUCACUGUUGAAGAAACUCCCGUUGAGGAAGCACCUGAGGAAGUUAGAGAAAUGCCCGAAGAGGUGCGUGUGGUUGAGACAAUCUGCGAAGACGGUAAACCAAAGAAGAAGAAGAUUCGCACACGUGUAAUCAAAAAGGUGAAGGGUGGCAAACAAGAAGUCACGAAGAUCGAAACCGUCGAAGAAGAUGACAAACAACCAGAAACCACAGUCACUGUUGAAGAAACUCCUAUUGAGGAAGCACCUGAGGAAGUUAGCGAAAUGCCCGAAGAGGUGCGUGUGGUUGAGACCAUCUCCGAAGACGGUAAACCAAAGAAAAAGAAGAUUCGCACACGUGUAAUCAAAAAGGUGAAGGGUGGCAAACAAGAAGUCACGAAGAUCGAAACCGUCGAAGAAGAUGACAAACAACCAGAAACCACAGUCACUGUUGAAGAAACUCCUAUUGAGGAAGCACCUGAGGAAGUUAGAGAAAUGCCCGAAGAGGUGCGUGUGGUUGAGACCAUCUCCGAAGACGGUAAACCAAAGAAGAAGAAGAUUCGCACACGUGUAAUCAAAAAGGUGAAGGGUGGAAAACAAGAAGUCAUGAAGAUCGAAACUGUCGAAGAAGAUGACAAACAACCAGAAACCACAGUCACUGUUGAAGAAACUCCUAUUGAAGAAGCACCUGAGGAAGUUAGCGAAAUGCCCGAAGAGGUGCGUGCGGUUGAGACCAUCUCCGAAGACGGUAAACCAAAGAAGAAGAAGAUUCGCACACGUGUAAUCAAAAAGGUGAAGGGUGACAAGCAAGAAGUCACAAAGAUCGAAACCGUCGAAGAAGACGGCAAACAACCAGAAACCACAGUCACAGUUGAAGAGACCCCUGUUGAAGAAGCACCUGAGGAAGUUAGAGAAAUGCCCGAAGAGGUGCGUGUGGUUGAGACCAUCUCCGAAGACGGUAAACCAAAGAAGAAGAAGAUUCGCACACGUGUAAUAAAGAAGGUGAAGGGUGGCAAACAAGAAGUCACGAAGAUCGAAACCGUCGAAGAAGAUGACAAACAACCAGAAACCACAGUCACUGUUGAAGAAACUCCUAUUGAGGAAGCACCUGAGGAAGUUAGCGAAAUGCCCGAAGAGGUGCGUGUGGUUGAGACCAUCUCCGAAGACGGUAAACCAAAGAAGAAGAAGAUUCGCACACGUGUAAUCAAAAAGGUGAAGGGUGACAAGCAAGAAGUCACAAAGAUCGAAACCGUCGAAGAAGACGGCAAACAACCAGAAACCACAGUCACAGUUGAAGAGACCCCUGUUGAGGAAGCACCUGAGGAAGUUAGAGAAAUGCCCGAAGAGGUGCGUGUGGUUGAGACCAUCUCCGAAGACGGUAAACCAAAGAAGAAGAAGAUUCGCACACGUGUAAUAAAGAAGGUGAAGGGUGGCAAACAAGAAGUCACGAAGAUCGAAACCGUCGAAGAAGAUGACAAACAACCAGAAACCACAGUCACUGUUGAAGAAACGCCUAUUGAGGAAGCACCUGAGGAAGUUAGCGAAAUGCCCGAAGAGGUUCGUGUGGUUGAGACCAUCUCCGAAGACGGUAAACCAAAGAAAAAGAAGAUUCGCACACGUGUAAUCAAAAAGGUGAAGGGUGGCAAACAAGAAGUCACGAAGAUCGAAACCGUCGAAGAAGAUGACAAACAACCAGAAACCACAGUCACUGUUGAAGAAACUCCUAUUGAGGAAGCACCUGAGGAAGUUAGAGAAAUGCCCGAAGAGGUGCGUGUGGUUGAGACCAUCUCCGAAGACGGUAAACCAAAGAAGAAGAAGAUUCGCACACGUGUAAUCAAAAAGGUGAAGGGUGGAAAACAAGAAGUCAUGAAGAUCGAAACUGUCGAAGAAGAUGACAAACAACCAGAAACCACAGUCACUGUUGAAGAAACUCCUAUUGAGGAAGCACCUGAGGAAGUUAGCGAAAUGCCCGAAGAGGUGCGUGCGGUUGAGACCAUCUCCGAAGACGGUAAACCAAAGAAGAAGAAGAUUCGCACACGUGUAAUCAAAAAGGUGAAGGGUGACAAGCAAGAAGUCACAAAGAUCGAAACCGUCGAAGAAGACGGCAAACAACCAGAAACCACAGUCACAGUUGAAGAGACCCCUGUUGAAGAAGCACCUGAGGAAGUUAGAGAAAUGCCCGAAGAGGUGCGUGUGGUUGAGACCAUCUCCGAAGACGGUAAACCAAAGAAGAAGAAGAUUCGCACACGUGUAAUAAAGAAGGUGAAGGGUGGCAAACAAGAAGUCACGAAGAUCGAAACCGUCGAAGAAGAUGACAAACAACCAGAAACCACAGUCACUGUUGAAGAAACUCCUAUUGGGGAAGCACCUGAGGAAGUUAGCGAAAUGCCCGAAGAGGUGCGUGUGGUUGAGACCAUCUCCGAAGACGGUAAACCAAAGAAGAAGAAGAUUCGCAUACGUGUAAUCAAAAAGGUGAAGGGUGACAAGCAAGAAGUCACAAAGAUCGAAACCGUCGAAGAAGACGGCAAACAACCAGAAACCACAGUCACAGUUGAAGAGACCCCUGUUGAGGAAGCACCUGAGGAAGUUAGAGAAAUGCCCGAAGAGGUGCGUGUGGUUGAGACCAUCUCCGAAGACGGUAAACCAAAGAAGAAGAAGAUUCGCACACGUGUAAUAAAGAAGGUGAAGGGUGGCAAACAAGAAGUCACGAAGAUCGAAACCGUCGAAGAAGAUGACAAACAACCAGAAAUCACAGUCACAGUUGAAGAGACCCCUGUUGAGGAAGCACCUGAGGAAGUUAGAGAAAUGCCCGAAGAGGUGCGUGUGGUUGAGACCAUCUCCGAAGACGGUAAACCAAAGAAGAAGAAGAUUCGCACACGUGUAAUCAAAAAGGUGAAGGGUGACAAACAAGAAGUCACGAAGAUCGAAACCGUUGAAGAAGAUGACAAGCAACCAGAAACCACAGUCACUGUUGAAGAAACUCCCGUUGAGGAAGCACCUGAGGAAGUUAGAGAAAUGCCCGAAGAGGUGCGUGUGGUUGAGACAAUCUCCGAAGACGGUAAACCAAAGAAGAAGAAGACUCGCACACCUGUAAUCAAAAAGGUGAAGGGUGACAAACAAGAAGUCACGAAGAUCGAAACCGUCGAAGAAGAUGACAAACAACCAGAAACCACAGUCACAGUUGAAGAGACCCCUGUUGAGGAAGCACCUGAGGAAGUUAGAGAAAUGCCCGAAGAGGUGCGUGUGGUUGAGACCAUCUCCGAAGACGGUAAACCAAAGAAGAAGAAGAUUCGCACACGUGUAAUCAAAAAGGUGAAGGGUGGGAAACAAGAAGUCACGAAGAUCGAAACCGUCGAAGAAGAUGACAAACAACCAGAAACCAUAGUCACUGUUGAAGAAAUUCCUAUUGAGGAAGCACCUGAGGAAGUUAGCGAAAUGCCCGAAGAGGUGCGUGUGGUUGAGACAAUCUCCGAAGACGGUAAACCAAAGAAGAAGAAGAUUCGCACACGUGUAAUAAAGAAGGUGAAGGGUGGCAAACAAGAAGUCACGAAGAUCGAAACCGUCGAAGAAGAUGACAAACAACCAGAAAUCACAGUCACUGUUGAAGAGACCCCUGUUGAGGAAGCACCUGAGGAAUUUAGAGAAAUGCCCGAAGAGGUGCGUGUGGUUGAGACCAUCUCCGAAGACGGUAAACCAAAGAAGAAGAAGAUUCGCACACGUGUAAUCAAAAAGGUGAAGGGUGACAAACAAGAAGUCACAAAGAUCGAAACCGUCGAAGAAGACGGCAAACAACCAGAAACCACAGUCACAGUUGAAGAGACCCCUGUUGAGGAAGCACCUGAGGAAAUUAGAGAAAUGCCCGAAGAGGUGCGUGUGGUUCAGACCAUCUCCGAAGACGGUAAACCAAAGAAGAAGAAGAUUCGCACACGUGUAAUAAAGAAGGUGAAGGGUGGCAAACAAGAAGUCACGAAGAUCGAAACCGUCGAAGAAGAUGACAAACAACCAGAAAUCACAGUCACUGUUGAAGAGACCCCUGUUGAGGAAGCACCUGAGGAAGUUAGAGAAAUGCCCGAAGAGGUGCGUGUGGUUGAGACCAUCUCCGAAGACGGUAAACCAAAGAAGAAGAAGAUUCGCACACGUGUAAUCAAAAAGGUGAAGGGUGACAAACAAGAAGUCACGAAGAUCGAAACCGUUGAAGAAGAUGACAAGCAACCAGAAACCACAGUCACUGUUGAAGAAACUCCCGUUGAGGAAGCACCUGAGGAAGUUAGAGAAAUGCCCGAAGAGGUGCGUGUGGUUGAGACAAUCUCCGAAGACGGUAAACCAAAGAAGAAGAAGAUUCGCACACGUGUAAUCAAAAAGGUGAAGGGUGACAAACAAGAAGUCACGAAGAUCGAAACCGUCGAAGAAGAUGACAAACAACCAGAAACCACAGUCACAGUUGAAGAGACCCCUGUUGAGGAAGCACCUGAGGAAGUUAGAGAAAUGCCCGAAGAGGUGCGUGUGGUUGAGACCAUCUCCGAAGACGGUAAACCAAAGAAGAAGAAGAUUCGCACACGUGUAAUCAAAAAGGUGAAGGGUGGCAAACAAGAAGUCACGAAGAUCGAAACCGUCGAAGAAGAUGACAAACAACCAGAAACCAUAGUCACUGUUGAAGAAAUUCCUAUUGAGGAAGCACCUGAGGAAGUUAGCGAAAUGCCCGAAGAGGUGCGUGUGGUUGAGACAAUCUCCGAAGACGGUAAACCAAAGAAGAAGAAGAUUCGCACACGUGUAAUAAAGAAGGUGAAGGGUGGCAAACAAGAAGUCACGAAGAUCGAAACCGUCGAAGAAGAUGACAAACAACCAGAAAUCACAGUCACAGUUGAAGAGACCCCUGUUGAGGAAGCACCUGAGGAAUUUAGAGAAAUGCCCGAAGAGGUACGUGUGGUUGAGACCAUCUCCGAAGACGGUAAACCAAAGAAGAAGAAGAUUCACACACGUGUAAUCAAAAAGGUGAAGGGUGACAAACAAGAAGUCACGAAGAUCGAAACCGUUGAAGAAGAUGACAAGCAACCAGAAACCACAGUCACUGUUGAAGAAACUCCCGUUGAGGAAGCACCUGAGGAAGUUAGAGAAAUGCCCGAAGAGGUACGUGUGGUUGAGACAAUCUCCGAAGACGGUAAACCAAAGAAGAAGAAGAUUCGCACACGUGUAAUCAAAAAGGUGAAGGGUGACAAACAAGAAGUCACGAAGAUCGAAACCGUCGAAGAAGAUGACAAACAACCAGAAACCACAGUCACAGUUGAAGAGACCCCUGUUGAGGAAGCACCUGAGGAAGUUAGAGAAAUGCCCGAAGAGGUGCGUGUGGUUGAGACCAUCUCCGAAGACGGUAAACCAAAGAAGAAGAAGAUUCGCACACGUGUAAUCAAAAAGGUGAAGGGUGGCAAACAAGAAGUCACGAAGAUCGAAACCGUCGAAGAAGAUGACAAACAACCAGAAACCGUAGUCACUGUUGAAGAAAUUCCUAUUGAGGAAGCACCUGAGGAAGUUAGAGAAAUGCCCGAAGAGAUGCGUGUGGUUGAGACAAUCUCCGAAGACGGUAAACCAAAGAAGAAGAAGAUUCGCACACGUGUAAUCAAAAAGGUGAAGGGUGACAAACAAGAAGUCACGAAGAUCGAAACCGUCGAAGAAGAUGACAAACAACCAGAAACCACAGUCACAGUUGAAGAGACCCCUGUUGAGGAAGCACCUGAGGAAGUUAGAGAAAUGCCCGAAGAGGUGCGUGUGGUUGAAACCAUCUCCGAAGACGGUAAACCAAAGAAGAAGAAGAUUCGAACACGUGUAAUCAAAAAGGUGAAGGGUGACAAACAAGAAGUCACGAAAAUCGAAACCGUCGAAGAAGAUGACAAACAACCAGAAAUCACAGUCACAGUUGAAGAGAUCCCUGUUGAGGAAGCACCUGAGGAAGUUAGAGAAAUGCCCGAAGAGGUGCGUGUGGUUGAGACCAUCUCCGAAGACGGUAAACCAAAGAAGAAGAAGAUUCGCACACGUGUAAUAAAGAAGGUGAAGGGUGGCAAACAAGAAGUCACGAAGAUCGAAACCGUCGAAGAAGAUGGCAAACAACCAGAAACCACAGUCACAGUUGAAGAGACCCCUGUUGAGGAAGCACCUGAGGAAGUUAGAGAAAUGCCCGAAGAGGUGCGUGUGGUUGAGACAAUCUCCGAAGACGGUAAACCAAAGAAGAAGAAGAUUCGCACACGUGUAAUCAAAAAGGUGAAGGGUGACAUACAAGAAGUCACGAAGAUCGAAACCGUCGAAGAAGAUGACAAACAACCAGAAACCACAGUCACAGUUGAAGAGACCCCUGUUGAGGAAGCACCUGAGGAAGUUAGAGAAAUGCCCGAAGAGGUGCGUGUGGUUGAGACCAUCUCCGAAGACGGUAAACCAAAGAAGAAGAAGAUUCGCACACGUGUAAUAAAGAAGGUGAAGGGUAGCAAACAAGAAGUCACGAAGAUCGAAACCGUCGAAGAAGAUGACAAACAACCAGAAACCACAGUCACAGUUGAAGAGACCCCUGUUGAAGAAGCACCAGAAGAAAUAAGUGAAUUACCCGAAGAGGUGCGUGUGGUGGAAACCAUCUCCGAAGACGGUAAACCAAAGAAAAAGAAGAUACGCACACGCGUAAUCAAGAAGGUGAAGGGUGACAAACAAGAAGUCACGAAGAUCGAAACCGUUGAAGAAGAUGAUAAGCAACCAGAAACCACAGUCACUGUUGAGGAAACCCCAAUUGAAGAAGCACCUGAAGAAAUAAGCGAAUUACCCGAAGAGGUGCGUGUGGUGGAAACCAUCUCCGAAGACGGUAAACCAAAGAAGAAGAAGAUUCGCACACGUGUAAUAAAGAAGGUGAAGGGUGGCAAACAAGAAGUCACGAAGAUCGAAACCGUCGAAGAAGAUGAUAAACAACCCGAAACCACAGUCACUGUUGAGGAAACCCCAAUUGAAGAAUCACUUCAAGAAAUAAGUGAAUUACCCGAAGAGGUGCGUGUGGUGGAAACCAUCUCCGAAGACGGUAAACCAAAGAAAAAGAAGAUACGCACACGCGUAAUCAAGAAGGUGAAGGGUGACAAACAAGAAGUCACGAAGAUCGAAACCGUUGAAGAAGAUGACAAACAACCAGAAACCAUAGUCACUGUUGAAGAAAUUCCUAUUGAGGAAGCACCUGAGGAAGUUAGCGAAAUGCCCGAAGAGGUGCGUGUGGUUGAGACCAUCUCCGAAGACGGUAAACCAAAGAAGAAGAAGAUUCGCACACGUGUAAUAAAGAAGGUGAAGGGUGGCAAACAAGAAGUCACGAAGAUCGAAACCGUCAAAGAAGAUGAUAAACAACCCGAAACCACAGUCACUGUUGAGGAAACCCCAAUUGAAGAAUCACUUGAAGAAAUAAGUGAAUUACCCGAAGAGGUGCGUGUGGUUGAAACCAUCUCCGAAGACGGUAAACCAAAGAAAAAGAAGAUACGCACACGCGUAAUCAAGAAGGUGAAGGGUGACAAACAAGAAGUCACGAAGAUCGAAACCGUAGAAGAAGAUGAUAAGCAACCAGAAACCACAGUCACUGUUGAGGAAACCCCAAUUGAAGAAGCACCUGAAGAAAUAAGUGAAUUACCCGAAGAGGUGCGUGUGGUGGAAACCAUCUCCGAAGACGGUAAACCAAAGAAGAAGAAGAUACGCACACGCGUAAUUAAGAAGGUAAAGGGUGACAAACAAGAAGUCACGAAGAUCGAAACCGUUGAAGAAGAUGAUAAGCAACCCGUAACCACAGUCACUGUUGAGGAAACCCCAAUUGAAGAAGCACCUGAAGAAAUAAGUGAAUUACCUGAAGAGGUGCGUGUGGUGGAAACCAUCUCCGAAGACGGUAAACCAAAGAAAAAGAAGAUACGCACACGCGUAAUCAAGAAGGUGAAGGGUGACAAACAAGAAGUCACGAAGAUCGAAACCGUAGAAGAAGAUGAUAAGCAACCAGAAACCACAGUCACUGUUGAGGAAACCCCAAUUGAAGAAGCACCUGCAGAAAUAAGUGAAUUACCCGAAGAGGUGCGUGUGGUGGUAACCAUCUCCGAAGACGGUAAACCAGAGAAAAAGAAGAUACGCACACGCGUAAUUAAGAAGGUAAAGGGUGACAAACAAGAAGUCACGAAGAUCGAAACCGUUGAAGAAGAUGAUAAGCAACCCGUAACCACAGUCACUGUUGAGGAAACCCCAAUUGAAGAAGCACCUGAAGAAAUAAGUGAAUUACCUGAAGAGGUGCGUGUAGUGGAAACCAUCUCCGAAGACGGUAAACCAAAGAAAAAGAAGAUACGCACACGCGUAAUCAAGAAGGUGAAGGGUGACAAACAAGAAGUCACGAAGAUCGAAACCGUUGAAGAAGAUGAUAAGCAACCCGUAACCACAGUCACUGUUGAGGAAACCCCAAUUGAAGAAGCACCUGAAGAAAUAAGUGAAUUACCCGAAGAGGUGCGUGUGGUGGAAACCAUCUCCGAAGACGGUAAACCAAAGAAGAAGAAGAUACGCACACGUGUAAUCAAGAAGGUGAAGGGUGACAAACAAGAAGUCACGAAGAUCGAAACCGUUGAAGAAGAUGAUAAGCAACCAGAAACCACAGUCACUGUUGAGGAAACCCCAAUUGAAGAAGCACCUGAAGAAAUAAGUGAAUUACCCGAAGAGGUGCGUGUGGUGGAAACCAUCUCCGAAGACGGUAAACCAAAGAAGAAGACGAUACGCACACGCGUAAUCAAGAAGGUGAAGGGUGACAAACAAGAAGUCACGAAGAUCGAAACAGUUGAAGAAGAUGAUAAGCAACCAGAAACUACAGUCACUGUUGAGGAAAUUCCAGUUGAAGAAGCACCCGAGGAAAUUAAAGAAUUGCCCGAAGAGGUGCGUGUGGUGGAAACUAUCUCCGAAGACGGUAAACCAAAGAAAAAGAAGAUACGCGCACGAGUAAUCAAGAAGGUGAAGGGUGACAAACAAGACGUCACGAAGAUCGAAACCGUCGAAGAAGAUGAUAAACAACCAGAAACCACAGUCACUGUUGAGGAAACCCCAAUUGAAGAAGCACCCGAGGAAAUUAAAGAAUUACCCGAAGAGGUGCGUGUGGUUGAAACCAUCUCCGAAGACGGUACACCAAAGAAGAAGAAGAUUCGCACACGCGUAAUCAAGAAGGUGAAGGGUGACAAACAAGAAGUAACGAAGAUCGAAACUGUUGAAGAAGAUGAUAAACAACCAGAAACCACAGUCACUGUUGAGGAAACGCCAGUUGAAGGAGCACCCGAGGAAAUUAAAGAAUUACCCGAAGAGGUGCGUGUGGUUGAAACCAUCUCCGAAGACGGUACACCAAAGAAGAAGAAGAUUCGCACACGCGUAAUCAAGAAGGUGAAAGGUGACAAACAGGAAGUAACGAAGAUCGAAACUGUUGAAGAAGAUGACAAACAACCAGAAACCACAGUCACUGUUGAAGAAACCCCAGCUGAAAAAGGACCCAAGGAAAUUAUAGAAUUACCCGAAGAGGUACGUGUGGUUGAAACCAUCUCCGAAGACGGCACACCAAAGAAGAAGAAGAUUCGCACACGCGUAAUCAAGAAGUUGACGGGUGACAAAGAGGAGGUUACCAAGGUUGAAGUUAUCGAAGAAGAUGAUAAGCAGCCGAAAACCACAAUUACUGUUGAGGAAACACCUUUCGAAACAGUUGAAGAAUUACCCGAAGAGGUGCGUGUGGUGGAAACCAUCUCCGAAGACGGUACACCAAAGAAGAAGAAGAUUCGCACACGCGUAAUCAAGAAGGUGAAGGGUGACAAACAAGAAGUCACGAAGAUUGAAACCGUCGAAGAAGAUGAUAAACAACCAGAAACCACAGUCACUGUUGAGGAAACUCCAGCUGAAGAAGCACCGCAGGAAGUUAGUGAAGAGCCCGAAGAGAUGCGUGUAAUAGAAACUAUCUCAGAAGAUGGUACACCAAAGAAGAAGAAGAUUCGCACACGCGUAAUCAAGAAGGUGAAGGGUGACAAACAAGAAGUCACGAAGAUCGAAACCGUCGAAGAGGAUAAUAAGCAACCCGAAACCAUUGUUACCGUAGAAGAAAAACCGUUUAUCGAAACUAUAACACAAGCACGAUUAAAGAAGAGAAUUCGUGUACAGAAACCCACUGACGAAGUAACUAUCGUAGAAAUGCCGGAGCAAAAAUCGAUUGUCAUAUCAGAGAAAGAAGACGGCACUCCAACAAAAACUGUGAUUAAAACGAAAAUUAUUAAAAAAAUUGACGGACCAAAAAUGGAAAUUACCAAAGUUGAAACCAUAGAAGAGUUCGAGAAAACGCCCGUAACCAAGGUUACUGUACAAGAAUACGAUGAACCCUUCCCGGUAGAGCAGCCAACAGAUGAAAAUGUUGUGCCUAUACCAAUGCAGGAAUUGCCAGAGGAGAUUAUUGUCUCAGAGAUUAUAGAUAAAAAUAGAAAACCUAAACAGAAAAUAACAAAAACGCGAACAUUUAAGAAAGAAGCAUCACCGGAACCUGAAUUUUAUCAAAUCCAAACAAUCGAGGAAGAAGGAAAAGAACCCUAUUCGCUUAUACGCGUUGUUAGCGAUGAUAGCAUUGCAGAUAUAAUCGAUAUUAGCCAAUUAGAGGAUGAAAAGAAACCGACACAUAAAAAGACCAAAACACUACACAAACCCAAGGAGGAAAAACCCACACCUGAACACUUAACAACAACAACGGAAAAACCAGUUUUCGUUACUACAUUCAAAUCGGUACAAAACGAAGAUGGCGAAACAGUUAUUGAAACAGAAAGUAAGAAAAUAACUGAGGAGGAAGGCAUCGUCAUCGAAGAAGUUCUUAGCGAUACUGAACCAGUUAGAGAAGAUGAACAGACUACCUUAAAGAAUGUCGAAAUUGUAGAAGUCGACGGAUACACAGACCAAGAUAGCAAAGAGUACACAAUAACAGAACCAGAUGAUGUCAUUGAAGACAUUACACAAACACCAGAUACAAUUAAGAAAACGAAACAUAAAAUUAAGAAACAACAACAAAAACCUACACAUAAACCAUUUGAAAAUAUCGACGAAGCACCCGAAGAAGUGAUUAUAGAAUAUAUGCCUGAAGAGGUGUACGAAGUGGAACGACCAGUUGAAGUGCAUGUGGUCGUUGAUGAUGAAGAUAAAGAGGAAAAGAUUUUGGUUGAACCCAAAAUAACAGUGGUUAAAAAGCGUAAGAUUAAAAAGACCAUAGAUGGUCAUGAACAGGUUAUUGAAGUGGUUACAACACAAGAGGAAGGUAAGGAAGAAGAGAGUACAGUGGUUGUUCAUACAGAGGAUGAUGAAAAGCCGGAAGAGUUGCAAACGACCGUACAUCAAGUUAAAGUCAUUGACGAAUUGCUUGAUACUCCGAAACCAACGAUUGAUGAAAAGCCAUCAAUCAAGAAAAAGCGUAAGCCGAAAAAGGUGGUGAAAAAGGAUGAUCUGGAUGAGUAUAUACAAUUCCUAAUACAACAAGAAAUACCCAAAACUGUGCUACAAGAAUACAAACGUACAGAAUUGGAGAAGCCACAGAAGGCGCGUAGUGAUACAACACCAGCGCCAAAACCAAUCAAAUUGGUGCCAAUGAAAAUCGAAAGUGUUGAAGUGAAAAAGUCGAAGCGAAUUGAAAUUACAUCGGUUGCAGAAUUUCCGCAAAUGUUGAAUUUAAAGAAACCGAAACAAAAGCCUAAAGUAGAGAAACCAAAGAAGGAAACUGCUGCCUUUAAGAAUUUCAAAUUAAAGAGUUGGAUUAAUUUCAUACCAUAUGCGCCAUAUUGCUUUAAGCCUACUAUAACCGAGCUGGAGCCGAUACGCGGUUGCGGUGAAUUAUCGAGAAAUAUUGAGGAAGCAAUCGUUGUUAUUAAGAAGCGACGCGUUAAAGUCAAACACAGCGAGAAACCAGAAAGGGAGCUGGAAACUUUGGAUCUUGAAACAUACGAAGAAACAAAAGUGGAAGAGGAACAACAACCAGAAAAGGUGGAGAAAUAUAAACGACCAAAGAAGGUGACAAAGGAACAAACUACUGAAUUGCCGAAGAAACUAAAAUUAGGCAAAGGAAAGUUGCCCGAAAGUGUAGAAAAUAUUGAAGAGAUUAAUUUGAAACCAAUAUCAAAGGAUAUAACUGAAGAUAUUAUUGAAGAAACACCUGAAAAGCCAACGGAGGAGAAACCGAAACGUAAAAAGCGCGGUCGUAAGCCGGGUGUUGGUGAUACUUCAAUACAAUUCGAACCACAAGAUUUCGAAGAGUUGGAAUCGGAGGAUGAACAGAUUUCAGAAGGAACAGAUACAUCACAACCGGAAACUGAAACAACACCAGAUAAACCAAGAUACAAACGCAAGAAGAAGAUACCGGCACAACCAGAGACAAUAGAAUAUCCCAUCAAGCCGCAACAACCAAAAGAAACAGAAGAUGAGACGCAACCGGAAUUGAAAUUGCGUAAGCCGCAAACCGACAAACCUGAUGUUGAGGAAGAGGGUAUUAAGUUGAAGCCAUAUCACAAAAUUGAAAUUCUCGAAAUGGCACCUGAAGACGCUGAACAGGUGGAGGCACCAACAGCGCCGGUGGUUGUCAAGAAACGUACAAAGAAGAUACGUAAAAUUAAACAAGAAACUCCUGCUGAAGAGAACCUCAUAGAAAUCAUUGAAAUACCAGCAGCAAGCGUAGAUGAGCAACCCACGUAUGAAGUUACGGUAACUACAACAGAUAUCACUGAAUCCACAGAGAAACGUGCAAAACCGAAAACAUUGAAAAAGAAACGCGUCAAGCUAAUGAAGGAGGAUGAACUCGAAGACUUCAUUGCUGAAUUGACGGAAGCGCCAAAAGAUAAAGUUUAUGAUUUCAAUACCGUGGACUUCUACGAGGUUAAAAUACAAGAACUACAACCGGAAUUCAUCGAGGAAACUAUUGUAAAGGAUGAUGGCAAAAUCAAAACCGAAAUACGCAAAAAGCGUAAGCUUCUCCACAAGAAAGGCGAUGAGGAACAGGUGAUCGAAAUUGUCGAGACCACAGAAUCAACGCCCGAUUCAAAGGAAACACUUUAUGAAGUGCUUGUUGUGGAUACGGAAGAUGUGCAAUCCAUUGAUUCAACAACAGAUAAACCGAAGAAGAAGAAAUCGAAGAAGUUGAAAAAGGACGAACUGGAUGAGUAUAUACAAAAACUAAUCAAUGCCGAAAUAACUAAAACCGAACUCGAAAAGUAUGAGAAAAUCGAUGUGGACGGUAAACCCAAAAAGCCUAAGAAAACAAAGAAGGUGCCACAAAAAGCCGUGCUAGAAAUACCGGAAACUUUGGAAGUUGGUGUUAUAGAAUCUGCACCAAAGGAAGCACCAAAACAGAAAAAACUAAAGAAAAAAGUUGUACCAUUGGAGGAGCAGCCUAUAGAAAAGGCGCCAGAAAUGCCAACGACAGAAUUUUCAAUUGAAGUUAAAGACACUGUACCCAGCGACACGGAUAAACAAGAUAUUGUAGAAGAGGCUACAACUAUAGAUGAACUUCCGACAGUGCCAGAAAAGCCCAAAGAUGAUGUUGUGAGCAUUGUAGAAAUCUCUGAAAAUGUUGAAAUCGUCACAAAAGAAGAACCAAGUGGUGAUAUUAAAGAGGAAACUGUGACAAAACGCAAAUUUAAGAAGAAGAAGGGUGGCAAGGUCUACACCGUAGAAGUUAUAGAAACGCAGGCUUCGGAUGAACCUGUAGCCGAAGUAACUGUAAUAACAACGGAAGAUGUGGAAAAAGCAGAGAAACCACAGCCGGAAACACCAAAGCGUUUGUCUAAGAAAAUAACUAAGAAAAUCAAAAAGGAAGAACUAAAGGAUUACGUUAUGAAGGUUGUGGAAGAAAUGCCAGAAGAAUUUGCUGUGCAACCAAAAGAAUAUGAAGAAAUUCCCGAGCAAAUUGAAAAGCCGAAAGAUGAAGACGUCUUCUUCAGAACUACUGUCGUAGAGGAAGAAGCCGAUGAAUUGGAAAAACCAAUAGUUGAGGAUAUUUCUCCAACUAAAGAAGUUGUCGAAGAGAAAAAGAAGAAGACGAAAAAACCAAAACAAUAUAAAAUUACGGAGACACAACCAGAAGCUACAGAAGAAACACCACAAAAGGUUGACAUAAUAUCUGAAGAAGAAAUCGACAUUAAGGAAACACCUGUCACUGAUGACUAUGUCAUCGAUGUACAAGAAAAAGAUUCAAGAAAAGUUAAGAAAGUAAAACGUGUCAAACCGAAAGAGGAACAGAAAAUCGAAGAAUAUGUUGUACGAAUUGAAGAAUCGUUGCCCGAGGUUACUACCACAGAAAUCGUUGACGAACAAGGAGAGAUUACAAAACAAACAACCACAAAACGCCGUUUCAAAAAGAAGGAAGGUCCCAAAGAGUAUGUAAUAGAAGUGGUGGAAACAUUUGAAGAAAAUAAACCCGACGAAGUGGAGAUAACCGUCUCAACAACAGAAAUCACGCCAACUGAUUUGACAGAAACUGUUAUAGAACAACCUAAAAUUACAAAGUUGAAGAAGAAGAAAACAUCAAAAGACAAUUUCGACGAAUAUUUACAACAGUUAAUAGAACAGGAAAUAACGAAAACGGAAUUGGAAGAAUUUACACCCAUUGAAUUUGGCAAAACACCAAAGAAACCUAAAAAGAAAACUAAACACCACAAGAAAACAGUUGAGGUCGUCGAUGGAGCAUCUGUUACUAUACAUGAAUUCGACGUUGAGGAAAUACCCAGCGAAAAGGAAGAAGAAAUUGAGGAACCAACAGCUGAGGUUGUGGUAGAAGAAGAGCAACCUAAACCAGAAGAUCAUCAGGAAUAUAGAAUUGGUGUUACCGAUGAACAAGUUGAACCAAUGAAAUUCAAUGAAAUCAUAAUGGAGGAACGCACCACUAAAGUUAAAAAACCGAAGAAACCCAAAUCUACAUCAAUAGAAGAAGCUCCGAUUACUUUGGAAGAAAUUGAACAAACCGUUGCAACGGUCAAGGAGACCGAUGAAACUGGUGAGGUCAAAGAAAAAACAGUUACUAAACGUAAAGUCAAACGUAAGCAAGGACCCAAAGAAUUUGUUUUCGAAAUAUCUGAAAUAAGUGAAGGAGCCGAUCAACCUAUAGCCGAAAUAACAAUUGUGCAAAUAGAUGAAACUCCCGUAACUAUUGAAGAGGAUAAACCAGAUAAACCUAUUAAGAAGAUAGUGAAGAAACCAAAACACAUACCUAAGGAGGAUAUACAAAACUACUUAGUGAAUGUCAUCGAAGAAUUUGUAGAACACGAAAUAGAGUCCGAAAAUGAGGAAGUGGAAAUUGUUGAAGCACCAACGGAGGACAUCAAGAAACGCGUUACUAAGCACAAAAAACAUAAAGUCAAAGUAACAGAAGAAGAUGUACAACCAGUUGAGGAUAUACCUGACGAUGACGUUGCUUUAGUUGAGGAACACACAGAAACGGUUGAUAAACCGACGGAUGAUUAUAAGAUUGACGUUACCGAAUCUACGGUGUCUGAAAAGCCCACCAAAAAGAUUACCAAGAAAAUCAAGAAACAGAAAUCAAUAACACAAAAACCGAACGAAGAAUCACCAGAGUUUAUCGUACGCGUGUCAUCGUUUGAGGACACGCCCGAAGAUGAUGUUCCUGUGGAAGAGGUAAUCCAAACUCAACCGGAAGACACACAACCGGUGGACGAUUAUAACAUUGUUGUAGAAGAAAUUGAAACUACACAAGAUGUACAGGAAAUUAUCGAUGAAGGCGGUGAAAAAGUAAAACAAACAACGAAGAAACGUAAGAUAAGGAAAACUGUGGGUCCGAAAGAAGAAAUAAUAGAAAUAAUAGAGACACAAUUAGAUAACUCUCCACUUGCUGAGGUUACCGUACUUGUGGAAGAGGUCGAAAAAUUGCCAGAUACAAAGAAGGACGAUAAACCACAAGUUAAGAAGCCAAAGAAAACAAAGACGGUUAAAAAGGACGAUCUUAUUGAAUAUAUCUAUAAACUAAUUGAAGAAGAUAUACCAAAAACUGAAUUGGAGAAGUAUGAGAGAGUCGACUUGGAAGAGCCGAUUAAAUUGAAAAAGAAGAAGAAGCCUGAGAAGAAGGAUGUCACCGUAAAAGAAGAAGAGCCUAUAGAAGAGCAACUUGAUACUUUCGAAAUCGGUGUUACUGAUGUCGAAGAGGUGAAGCCGAAGAAACCAAGAAAGAAACCAUCAAAGGAUAUAGUGAUUAAGGAAGUGGAUGUACCAUCGACGCAACCAGACGAGGAGGUUUCUAUAACAGUGGUUGAGGAAGAUAUUCCUAAAAAACCAAAGAAGAGCAAAAAAUUGCCUGUCUCUGUCACGGAAACUGCCCCACAGGAAGUAACAGAUGAAGAGUACAAAGUGGAAAUCAUCGAGGAAACUGUCGAAACGGAAAAAACGACCGAUGAAAAUGGUGAGGUCAAAGAAAAAAUCGUUAAAAAGAAAAAGAUUAAGCAUACGAAGGGACCGGAAGAAGUUGUAUUAGACAUCAUUGAAGUACAUGAUAAGAGCAAUGAUGAAGCUGAAAUCACGGUCAUAGCCACAACCCCUAGCAAGGACACUGACACCCCACAUGAAGUUCAAGUUAAAGAAAAGAAAACUAAAAAAUUAAAGACAAAGGAUGUUCCCGAAUAUAUUGCCAAGGUCGUGGAUGAAAUUCCAGCAGAAAUUUUCGAGGAAUAUAAACACGACGAAACUACAGAGACUCCAAAAAAACCGGAGAAAAAGCCAAAACAUAAAGUGAAACAAAUUGAGGAAGAAGGUGUUAAAGAAGAUGAAAAAGUUAAUGAAUUCACUACAAUGGUAGUAGAGGAAGAGCCGGUACAACCCGACGUAACUGAAUAUGAGAUCAAAACAGUUGAAGAAGCCGCCAAACCAAAGAAAAAGAAACCCACGAAAUCUAAAAUAAAAGUCACGGAAGAGGAAACACCUGAAGAGGAGAAACCAGCUGAAAAAACUGAUGAGGAAAGCGAGGCUGAAAAUAUUGAAACCAUACCAGAUUCCUCUGAUCAUAUAAAUAUUGUUGAAACUGAUAAGACUACUCCUGAGGAACAGGAAUAUACAGUGACAACAACAGAAGAGGAUUCUAAACCUAAAAAGAAAAAACCAACAAAACAAAAAGUUAAGGUAGUUGAGGAGGAUAAGCUUGAGGACGUACCUUCUGAUUCAAUUUCAGUUCAAGAAACGGCACCAAAGGAUACAAGCGAGGAAACUCCAGCAGAAGAAAUAAAGAUUACGGAAGAACAGCCUGUAUCUGAAGCUGAAAACUACGAAGUAACAGUAACGGAAAAACAAACACAAGUAAAGAAAAAGAAACCAACGAAACAAAAAGUUAAGGUUGUUGAGGAGGACAAGCCCGAGGACGUACCUUCUGAUACAAUUGUAGUACAAGAAACGGUACCAAAGGAUGUCAUUGAGGAAACUCCAGCUGAGGAAAUAAAGAUUUCGGAAGAACAACCUGUAUCUGAAGCUCAAGACUACGAAAUUACAGUGACGGAAGAGCAUAAAAAAUCGAAGAAGAAGAAACCAACUAAGGAAAAGGUUAAAUAUGUUGAAGACGAAAAACCCGACGAUGUACCUUCUGAAAUAGUGACAGUUGUAGAUAUAGCACCACAAGAUGUAGCGGAAACUCCGUCUGAGAAUAUUAAGAUUAGCGAGGAUCAGCCCGCUUCUGAAGGUGAGGACUUCGAAAUAAAAUCUACCGAAAAACCAACAAAACCAAAGAAAAAGAAGCCGACUAAGGAGAAGGUCAAAGUCGUUGAGGAGGAUAAGCCCGAGGAUGUACCUUCUGAAAAAAUCUCUAUUCAAGAUAUAGUACCUGAGGAUGUAAGUGAGGAAAUUUCAGUUGAAGAAAUUUCAAUUACAGAAGAACAACCUACGUCCGAAGUCAAAAAUUUCGAAGUAACAGUCACGGAAGAACUCUCAAAACCAAAGAAAAAGAAACCAACUAAGCAGAAAGUAAAGGUUGUUGAAGAAGACAAACCAGAGGAUAUACCUUCUGAUAUAGUUGCAGUCGAUGAAGCUAUACCUGAAACGGUUGAGGAAACACCAUCUGAGGUAGUAAGCAUUGUGGAAGAACAGCCAAUGUCCGAAAUUGAAGACUACGAAGUAACGUCAACUGAAAAACAGACAAAACCAAAGAAAAAGAAACCAACAAAACAGAAAGUUAAACUUGUUGAAGAGGACAAACCUGAGGAUAUACCUUCUGAAAUAGUUACAUCUCAUGAAGAGUCUCCCGAAGAUGUCGAGGAAACUACCACAGAUGAGAUAAAGAUUACGGAAGAGCAACCUUCGUCUGAAAAGGAAGAUCUACAGAUCACAAUAACGGAAGAACAAGCAAAACCAAAGAAAAAGAAACCAACCAAACAGAAAGUUAAAGUUGUUGAAGAUAUGCCUGAAGAUGUCAGUAGUGAAAUUGUUGCAGUUAAAGAAGUUGCACCGAAUGACAUAAUUGAAGAAACUCCGGCAGAAGAAAUAAAGGUUACGGAAGAACAACCAGUUUCCGAAACUGAGGACUUCGAGAUAACAGUAACUGAAGAAAGCGCGAAACUCAAGAAAAAGAAACCAAUCAAGCAUAAGGUUAAAGUCAUUGAAGAGGACAAACCUGAAGAAAUACCUACGGAUAUUAUUGAUAUUUCAGAAACUGUAGAUGAAGUUAAGGAACAGCCAAUUUCGGAGACGGAAGACUUUGACAUCAAAAUAACCGAAGAUCAUGAGAAACCAAAGAAAAAGAAAAUCACUAAGCAGAAGGUACAAGUUGAAGAAGAGGUUAAACCUGAACAUAUUCCUGAAGAACCCGUGCAUGUAGAAGAAAUCGAAACGAAAACGGAAGUAAAGGAAAUUAUUGACGACAAAGGUGAUGUGCAAAAACAAGUAGUAACCAAACGAAAAUUAAAGCGUCAACAGGGACCCAGAGAAGAUGUGAUCGAAAUAAUAGAAGUGCAAACCGGCGAUCAACCUGAGGCAGAGGUAACCAUCAUCGAAACACAACCCGAUAAGGAAGAAAAGGAAGAAGAAAUUCCUAAGCCUAAACCACAGAAAAAGAAAGUGAAGAAGGUCAAAAAGGAUGACCUACAUGAUUACAUUCAAAAACUUAUCGAGGAGGAAAUACCCAAAACAGAAUUGGAGAAGUAUGAAAAAAUCGAAUUUGAAACUACACCAAAGACUAAAAAAGAAAGUGAAGAAAUUGCCGAUGUCACAGUGGAAGAGGAAACACCACAACCCGCCGCGAAACCAGAUGCUAAGAAAAAGACUAAAACUAAGAAACCGCAAGAAAGCGUUGAAAAACAACCACUUCACGAAGUACGCAUUGUAGAACAGCCAUCGGAGGAUGUGGGCGAACCAACAGCGCAAAUUAAAGUUGUAGAAACCGAAACAACAGAAGAACCAAUUGUUGUUACUGAGGAAAUACCAGCUGAAGUUAAAGUGGAAGAGAUAACAGAUCAAGAGGGAGAACCAAUUCAACAAGUUACCACCAAACGUGUACUCAAAAAGAAAGAAAAAGGCAAAAAGGAUAGCACAAUAAACAUAAUUACGGUACAAGAUGACAGUAGCCCCGAAGCUACUGUCAUUAUAACCGAAGAGCCAGAAACCGCUCCGAUUACCCUCGAAGAAGAACAACCAGAACAAACUGUACAAACCACUGAACAAAAACCAAAGAAACCCAAAAAGACAAUCAAGAAAAUCAAAAAGGAUGAACUUGAUGAAUAUGUGCAGAAAUUAAUCGAAGAAGAAAUACCGAAAGUAGAACUUGAACAAUUCGAAAAACCAGAAUUGCCAAUUGUAAAGAAACCAAAAGAAAAGAAGAAAGAAACCACUAAACCACAAGACACUGAAGUAGUAGAAACAUCUGAAACACCUGAAGUUAGUGAACAACCAGAAAAACCGAAAAAAUCAAAGAAACCAAUUGAGAAACCCACAACCACUGAGACCACACAAAUCGAAGAAACACCACUUACAGACACAACAGACGAUGUAGUUAACGUAGUCGAAGAAACCACUAAACCAAAAACACGUAAACAACCCAAACAACCACAUGAAACACAGUUAGAGGACACACCAACAGCCACAGAGGAUACCACUGAAACAAAACCAAAAACAAUAAAACAUAAGCCAAAAGAACCAAAAAUCACUGAAGAUACAAGAGAAGAAACGGUGGUGCAUAAGGGUUACCAGUUCAGCAUUGUGGAGGAGGAACCAACGAUAAUCGAAGAAGAAGAAGAAGAGCAACGUCCAUUACAGGUGAGGAUCAUCGAAGAGGUGCCCGAGGUGGAGGAUUCCCAUCCGAUCGAAGUGAUAGAAGAAGAGCAGCCAGAGGAGGAAGAAGUUGAUGUACCCACUGUGGGUGAGCAGGAGAAACCUAAAAAGAAGAAGAAGAUUGUCAAGAAGAAAAUCGACGAGCAUGAUCUCAUCAUACAAAAACUACUGGAACAGGAGAUUGAGAAAACCGAACUUGAGAAAUAUGAGAAAUUCGAGUUUGAGAAGCCCCAAAGGGUUAAGGCCGAAUUCGCUAAUAUUGAGCCACAGCGAAUUGUACGCAAAGAGCAGAAACCCACAAAAUUGGUUAUUGUGGAGACAGCGGAGGAGCCACAAUCUAUUAAAUUGAAACCAAUCAAACGCAAGCCGAAGGCGGUCGAAGAGCAAACCGUGCAAUUACCUAAAUUCAAGCUAAAGAGCCGCAUGGAGAUGGUUACAUAUCCACCAGAACUACUGAUACCGAAAAUAACCGAAAUCGGUGCAAUACGCGAAACGGGUGAGCUUUCGCGAAAUAUUGAGGAAGCUGAGGAGAUCUUGAAGUUUAAGCCGCGUAAGGUGAAAAAAUUGAAACCAAUUAAGGAUGAUUUAGAGAAGCCGCAAUUGGAGAAAUAUGAGAAAUACGUGAGCAGUGAAGAAGAAGCAGAGGAACCAACACCUUAUCAGAAACCCGAAAAAGUACCAAAACCGGAAGAAAAGCCCGAGGAAGUUAAAUUGAAGAUCGGUAAAGGUAAGAAGAAGCCCAUCGUUGAGGAACAACCUGAAAGUGUGACUUUGAAAAAGACACCUGUUAAACCCCAAGAGGCUGAAGUUGUCGAAGAAACUGUUACCAAAAAGAAAGAAGUGGCAACAGUUACGGUGGUGGAAGAAACACCAGAAAAGCCCACUUAUGAAUUGCAACCAUUUGAGCCGAACGACUUUGAACAUCCAGAGUAUGAAAAGGAGGAAUUAGAACCUAUCGAAUUCCCUGAAGAACCAAAACCAGAGAAGAAGGAACCUAAGCAAAAGCAUAAGCCGAAACCAAAACCAAAACCUCAACCCGAAGUAAAUAUAACACAAAUCGUGCCCGGUGUGCCUAAAGAACAAGAAGAAGUACCCGAAGAGGAGGUUAAAUUCCGUAUUCCAGAAAGCAAAGCACCUGAAGAAGCAAAGGAAGAAGUUAAAUUAAAACCAAUUAAAAAAGAAAAGGUAGUACCAGCAACCGAAGAGAAGGCUAAGAUAGUACCCACCGAAGAGGAAGUUGAAAAGGUUCCUACGACCGAUGCUGAGGAAAUAGUUGAAAAGAAAAAGAAGCCAAAAGCAAAGAAACCACAACAAAAGGAAGAAGAAACUGUUGAGGAGAAACCGGAAGAACAAUUUGAGAUUUCUGUUACCGAGGAACAAGUAACUGUACCAGAACAACCAACUGAAGAGAAACCUGCUGAAGUCAAGAUUAAAAAGAAGAAGACUAAGGACAUACCAGUGGCUGAAGUACAAGUAGUAGAAGAAACUCCUGUAGAGGAAGUCAUAGAAGAAACCCCUGUUGAGUAUAAAAUUACAACUACUGUCAUUGAGCCAGAGGAAGCGCCAGAAGAGCAUAAAGUACGUGUUAUCGAUUACGAUCAAAAGGAGGUCACUGUAGAAGAGGUUGUUGAAGAAAGGGUGGUUACACGCAAGAAGAAGCCAAAACCACAAAAACCAGAAGAAUAUGAGUACACGGUUACGGAGCCCAAAGAAGCAGAAGUAACACCAGAAGAGGAAGUAAUUGUAACUCAGCCUGAGCAACCGGAAGAAGAAAUAUUUGAUGAAGCUGUAGUGGAAGUUAAGGAAAUAGUUGAAAUACCUGAAGAACCGAUUGCGAAGGUCAGCGUGAAAAAGAAGAAACCAACCAAGAAACCCGAGGAAGAAACUGUGGUUGAAGAUGUACCUGUUGUUGAGGAAGUUAAAGAAGAAAUAACAGAGACAGAAAAGAUUGGAGAAGUAGUCGCUGAAGAAGUUGUCAAGAAAAAGAAGCCAAAGAGUUAUAAAUUUAAAUUAACUGAAACAGAAGCUGAAGAAGUGCCCGAACAACCUGAAGAAGAAAUACCAGAGGAAAUUGAAAUACCUAAGCCUGUUGAGGAGGAAGUAAUCGAAGAUUUUCCAACAUACGAAAUCACUACAAGAGAUAUAGAAGUUGAGGUGCCGCAACCCAUAGAAGAAGUUAAAGAAGUCGAAGUUAAAGAGAAAAAGCCUAAAAAAUCGAAGGUAGUAGAGGCUCCCAAAGAAUAUGAGGUUGGAGUAAUUGAAGAAGUAGCUGCACCAGUUGUUGAAGAAGAUGACCAACCAGAUGGCGCCGUCUUCUCAAUCAAGAAGAAACCGAAGAAGCAGGCUCCUGAAGAGUUUGAAGCUUCUGUGGUUUUAACUGAACCAAAACCUGUGGAAGAGGUUGAAGCACAAGUAGAAAUAAAGAAAAAGCCAAAGAAACCUAAGACUAAAGAAGAAGCUUCUGUUGUUCACGAAAUCAAGGUUACGGAAACCGAAAUUCCGAAGGACGAAAUUUUGGAACAAGCUAUAGAAGAGGUAACAGUUAUCACAGAAGUGCCAGCUACGGAGGAAGCACCCAAAGAAUAUACAUUUGGCAUUGUCGAAUCUCAAGUUGAAGAAGAAAUUCCUGAAGCUGAAUUCACUGUUAAGGAAGAAGAAACUAUUGAGAAACCAAAGGAAGAACCUGUAGCUGAGUUUGUUAUCAAAGAAAGUAAACCGGUAGAAGAAGUUGUUGAGGAAGUUAAGAUAAAGACCAAAAAGACCAAGAAGAAGCCAGCAGAAAUACAAGAAGUUGAAUUGAAAGUACAGGUCACAGAAGAAACUCCAGAACAACCCACACAAGUGGUGGAGGAAGUGGAAGAGAUAGUUACCGUUCCCGAAAAAGUUGUGGCCGAAGAAACACACAAAGAAUAUGUAAUUGGUGUUAAGGAGUCUAUGCCAGAAAAAACUAAACCGGUACCUGUUGAAGAGACCGAAACACCACAAGAAAAAGAAACAGUCGAAGAAACGCCAUUGGAAGAAGUAAAAGUUAUCACAACUACUCCGAAAGAGGAAAUUACUGAAGAGGUAUCUGUGGUUAAGAAAAAGGUAAAGAAACCAAAGGAAACCAAAGUAGAGCACAAAGUCGAUGUGGUUGAAGAAGUACCACAAGUUGUCGAAGAAGAAACGCAACCGAUUGAAAUAAGCGCUCCAGUCCAAAUUGAGGAGGAAGUAGAAGAGCAACCAAAGGCAUAUGAGAUUCAAAUUAGGGAAACAGAAGCUAAAGAAGAAACAAUUGAAGAACAAGUUACCCUACCAAAGAAAAAGAAACCAGCUCCUCAAGUGACAGAAGAACAAGAAGAAGAAGUGAAACUGACAACAACAAAACCCGUUGAAGAAGUGCAAGAAGAGGUUAAGAUCAAAAAGAAACCUAAGAAAAAGCCAGCCGAAGAUGAAGUCGCAGCUGAACUUAAGGUAACCGUGGUUGAAGAUAUACCUGUUGUUAAGGAAAUAGAAGAAGUUGUGGAAGUAGUGGAGGAAGUACAGCCAGUAACUGAAAUUAUUGAAGAAGAAAAACCGAAAGAAUAUGAAUUCAAGCUAACAGAAAGUGAAGUUGAGAAACCAAAGGAAGAAGUUACUGUAGAAGAAGUGUCUCUUCCACAGAAGAAGAAGAAGCCCAUUCCACAAGUUCAAGAAGAGCCGGAAGUAGAAGUUAAACUGACAACAACAGAACCGGUUAAAGAGGUUCAAGAAGAAAUUAAAAUCAAAAAGAAACCAAAGAAGAAGCCAGAAGAAGAAGUGGCAGAAGCUGAACUCAAGGUUAGUGUUAUUGAAGAAGUUCCAGCUGUUCCGACAGUAGAAGAGCAAAUUAUGGAGGAAGAAGAAGUGAAGCCCACUCCUCUAGUAAGAAAAGAGGAAUCCGCAAAGGAGUAUGAAAUUAAGGUUAAGGAAAGCGAGAUUGAAACACCAAAAGAAGAAAUUGUUGAAGAACAAAUCAGCUUACCAGCCAAGAAAAAACCAACUCCUCAAGUAACCGAAGAGCCAGAAGCAGAGGUUACGCUGACAACAAAGAAACCAAUUGAAGAAGUGCAAGAAGAAAUCAAAAUUAAAAAGAAACCUAAAAAGGAACCUAAGGUUGAAGAAGCUAAAGCUGAACUCAAGGUAACUGUUGUGGAAGAGGUACCAGCUGCUCCUGAAGUGGUUGAAGAAAUUGAAGAAGUGGAAGAAAUUCAUGAAAAACCGGAGGAACAGAAACCAAAGGAAUAUGAAUUUAAGGUUACAGAAACUGAAAAGCCAAAGGAAGAAGUUUCUGAGGAACAAAUAACGCUUCCGAAGAAAAAGAAACCAACUCCUCAAGUAACCGAAGAGCCAGAAGCUGAGGUUACAUUAACAACCACAAAACCAACAGAAGAAGUGAAAGAAGAAAUCAAAAUAAAGAAGAAACCUAAAAAGGAGCCUAAAGUUGAGGAAGCCGAAGCCGCACUAAAGGUUACUGUGGUAGAAGAGGUACCUGUUGCUCCUGAAGUGGUUGAAGAAAUUGAAGAAGUGGAAGAAAUUCAAGAAAAACCGGAGGAACAGAAACCAAAGGAAUAUGAAUUUAAGGUUACAGAAACUGAAAAGCCAAAGGAAGAAGUUUCUGAGGAACAAAUAACGCUUCCAAAGAAAAAGAAACCAACUCCUCAAGUAACCGAAGAGCCAGAAGCAGAGGUUACAUUAACAACCACAAAACCAACAGAAGAAGUGAAAGAAGAAAUCAAAAUAAAGAAGAAACCUAAAAAGGAACCUAAGGUUGAAGAAGCCGAAGCUGAGCUCAAGGUGACAGUUGUGGAAGAGGUACCAGCUGCUUCUGAAGUGGUUGAAGAAAUUGAGGAAGUAGAAGAAAUUCAAGAAAAACCGGAGGAAAAGAAACCGAAGGAAUAUGAAUUUAAGGUAACAGAAACUGAGAAACCAAAGGAAGAAGUUUCUGAGGAACAAAUAACGCUUCCGAAGAAAAAGAAACCAACUCCUCAAGUAACCGAAGAGCCAGAAGCUGAAGUUACAUUAACAACCAAGAAACCAAUUGAAGAAGUGCAAGAAGAAAUCAAAAUCAAAAAGAAACCUAAAAAGGAGCCUAAAGUUGAGGAAGCCGAAGCUGAGCUCAAGGUGACUGUUGUGGAAGAAGUACCAGCUGCUCCUGAAGUGGUUGAAGAAAUUGAAGAAGUGGAAGAAAUUCAACCGAAACCGGAAGAACCAAAACAAGAAGAACAAAAACCAAAAGAAUAUGAGUUCACGGUUACAGAAAGUGAAAAGCCAAAGGAAGAAGUCUCUGUGGAACAAGAAGUCUCUGAAGAACAAAUAACACUUCCAAAGAAAAAGAAACCAACUCCUCAAGUCACAGAAGAACCGGAAACCGAGGUUAGAUUAACAACAAAGAAACCUGCUGAAGAGGUUGAGGAAGCAAUUAAAAUUAAGAAGAAGUCGAAAAAAGAACCAAAGACAGAAGAAGCUGCGGCUGAACUGAAGGUAACAAUUGAAGAGGAGGUACCACAAGAACAACAAAUUGAAGAGGUGGAGGAAAUAGAAGAAGUUAUUGUGCCUAAGGAAGAAAAGUCUGAAGAGAAACCAAAACAAUAUGAAUUCAAGAUUAAAGAAACUGAACCACAACCCGAACAAAUUGCCGAAGAAGAAGUUACAUUACCAAAGAAGAAACCUAUUAAACCGGAAGUAGUUGAGGAGCCUGAAGCGGAAGUAACUUUGAAACCUAAAAAGGAAGUCGAAGAAGUGGUGGAAGAACUUAAGGUAGUGAAGAAAAAGCAGAAGAAGCCUAAGGAAGAAGCAGCAACCGAGUUCACUGUACAAGUUGAGGAAGAAGUUAUACCCGAACCUGUUGUGGAAGAAAUCGAAGAGAUCGAAGAAGUAUUUGUGCCCAAAAAACCAAAAGAUACCGAAGAGGCCGAAGAGGUUGAAGUGAAAUUGAAAAAACCCGUGCCAGAAGAAAUUCCAGAAGAUGUACAAGUUGACGUUAUGCUCAAGCCAAAGAAACCUAAACAGGUUGAGACAGAGGAGUUCACAGUCGACGUCAAACUGCCUAAACAAAAGGAAACGACACAAGAAACCACCGACGAAACAGUUGCUUUGAAAAAGAAGAAGAAGCCUAAGCCAGUUGUCGAAGAAGCGGCUGAUGAACUGAAAAUAACUAAAGAAGUCGUCGAAGAGCGUCCAGUUGAAAUCGAAGAAGAAGAAAUUGUCGAAGAAGCUGUCGUUAUGCGCCGGAAACCAAAGAAACCAUUCGAACCAACAGUUGAGGAACAUGACGAACAAGAAUUUAGUUUGUCUUUGAAGAAACCCAAACGUAUAAACGAAAGCGUGACAGAGGAAGCUACAGUUUUGAAAAAACGUCCCUCACGACCAAUGGUAUUCGACGAAGCUGGUGCAGAACUCUCUAUCAAACGGGAAGAAGAAUACGAAGAGAGUGAAGAUAUCGAAGAAUUUGUCGUAGAAAGAGGACCCAAGCCAAAACCACUACAAAUAACCGAAGAAAAUGAACAGGAAUAUACGGUUAAGAAAUUGAAACGUCGCAAGAAGGGUGUCGAAAUACCCGAGUAUACCGAUGUUGAAAAUGUUACAUUCCGUCCGAAAACGACUAAAACAAAAGAAGAUGUCGACCAAGAAUUCAAUAUUGCAUUGGAUCAAUAUGCUGAAGAAGAGAUUUCAAUGUCCGGCAAAGUUAAGUUGAAGAAACCCAUAACUAAAACAUACUCUGAAGCGGCUGAUGAAGCUAAAAUCAAGGUAUUUGAAGAAUAUGAUGAUGACGAGGGACCAGUCAUUGAAGAAAUUCGCGAUGACAGCAGUAUUGAAGAUACAAUGUACGAUGUUGAAGAACCCGAAGAAUAUCAAGUCGAAGAAUUACCACCCGACGAUUUCGCUUUCACUAUUAAACCGAAGGCAGCUAAACCCAGAUAUUCAAUACAAGACGAGGAGGAGGAACAAUUCCUGAUUGGCAUCCGACGACCGAAGAGCGAUUCGGUUACGUACGAUGAGGACUCGUUCACAUUCAAAAAGAAGCGAAAGGUUGUGCAACAGAUCUUCAACGAAGAGGGCGCCUCAUUAAAUAUCACACGCGAGAUGAACAUUGAAGAAACCGAUGACGAGAAUGCUAUGUAUUCCAUUUGCAAUUAUGUCGCCGACAACGACGAGGCAAUCAAUUUGGUCGAGGGUGAGAAGGUUUAUGUGAUCGGACGUCAUAGCUCCGAAUGGUGGUACGUGAAGAAGAAUAUAACCGAAGAGGAGGGCUGGGUGCCGGCACAAUAUCUAAUGGAGCCUGUCGAAUACCAGCAUUAUGUACAGAAGAAAUUACACGAGAAAAUCGAUAAACUGCCAGUAUUUGAACGUCCCGGACCUGAAGAGAAACCCUUGGCGCCACGUUUCAUUGAAAAAUUACAACCCAUACAUACGCCUGAUGGUUAUACCGUACAAUUUGAAUGUAAAGUUGAGGGUGUACCACGCCCACAAAUUGCCUGGUUCCGUGAGACUGCCAUAAUAAAACCAUCGCAAGACUUCCAAAUGUACUAUGAUGAUGAUAAUGUGGCCACAUUGAUAAUACGCGAAGUAUUCCCAGAAGAUGCUGGUAAAUUUACCUGUGUCGCUAAAAAUGCUGCCGGUUUCACUUCAUCCACUACGGAACUCAUUGUUGAGACACCAUUGUCAGAUCACGGUUCUGAUGCUACAGCCUUAUCGCGUAAGAGUUUGUCACGUGAAUCUUCACUAGCCGAUAUACUAGAAGGUAUACCACCGACCUUCUCACGCAAACCGAAAGCACAAUAUGUCGAUGAAGAUACGAAUGUAAUAUUGGAAUGCCGUUUGGUAGCUGUACCCGAACCCGAUAUUGUUUGGACCUUCAAUGGCGAGGAAAUCGAUGUUGAGGAAACCAAAAAUAUACGCGUUGUUACGGAAUCUGAUAUGCAUAUGUAUUGUAGUGUUGUACACAUUACGAAGGUGAAGAAAUCGCAGGAGGGUACCUAUGAGGUGAUUGCCACCAACCGCGAAGGCGAAUCACGUCUGCCAAUUGUAUUAAAGGUACGCACAGAUGAUAAAGAACCACCACAAGUAUUGGAACCGCUACGUAACACUGUCGUACGUGAGGGUGAAAGCGUUGUCUUGACCACACAAAUUGUGGGUAAUCCACGUCCCAAGGUGACGUGGUACAAGGAUGGCAAACCAAUUACGAAGAAUACCAAAUCGGACAAAGAUACACAUACUUUGACUUUGAUCUCACCGAAGUCGACGGAAAGUGGUGAAUAUACAGUGAAAGCAGUGAAUCCAUUGGGCAGUGUAGAAACAACGGCUAACCUAACUAUUGAAGAACCAUCUACCGGUAAUGCAGAACCCCCAUUGUUCGUCGAACGUUUCGAAGAACAAUCUGUGCCGCAAAAGGGCACAAUCCGUUUGCCUGCUAAGGUCACCGGCAACCCAGUACCUGAGGUGCAAUGGCUUUUCAAUAACAACCCACUCUACCCCUCACAACGUAUACAACAAAUCUACGAUGGUGAGAAUAUUGAACUCAUUAUCAAGGACGCCAAUCCCGAUACAGAUUCCGGUGAUUACAAGUGCAUCGCUAGCAAUCCGAUCGGUAAAACAUCACAUGGCGCACGUGUUAUUGUCGAGGUCGAUGAGGUUACGUUUACCAAGAAACUUAAGAAAACCAUAACCAUCGAAGAAGUACAAUCACUCACGUUGGAGUGUGAGACCUCACAUGUGGUUACCACAAAAUGGUUCUUCAAUGGCAAAGAGCUCAGCGGUAUGGAUCAUCGUGUAGUCGUCGAAGAUGGAAAAACACAUAAACUUGUUAUACGUAAUACCAAUUUACGUGAUAGCGGUACUUAUGUGUGCAAAGUCAAGAAUAAGGAAACCGAGUCCACAGUUGAAGUUUUGCCACGUAAACCAGAAUUCAUAAAAAUACUCGAAGACUACGAAGUAACCGAAAAAGAGACUGCUAUUUUAGAUGUAGAAGUAUCCACGGACAAUGCUGAAGUCGUUUGGUUUAAAGAUGGUGAAAAGAUUACACCCGAAAAGAAGAAUGUCGAAUUCGUUAAGGUUGGUAAGGUGCGUAAACUCAUUAUACGUGAAAGCACCAUACACGAUGAGGGUGAAUACACGUGUAAGUUGGAAGAGCAGGAAUGCAGCGCUGAGCUUACAGUGAUUGAAUUGCCACCCGAAAUUGUGAAACCUUUGGAUGAUGUUACAGUAACACAAGGCGAGAACGCUGGUUUCGAAAUUGAGUUGAGUAAGGGUGAUGCUUUGGUUAAAUGGUUCAAGGAUGGCAAGGAGCUGCCGCUUAACGGACACAUGCAACUAACGAUCGAUGGUAAGAAACAAACACUUAGGAUUGUUGAGGCCAAACCAUCGGAUGCCGGUGAAUAUACCAUACAAGUUGGACCACAAACUUCAAAGGCACAACUUAUCGUCGAAGAACCGUUGGUGAACUUUGUGGUGCCAUUACCGGAUGUGACUAUCGCCACAAAGGGUACAGAUGCCGAGUUCACUGUUGAAUUGUCACAACCGGAUGUCGAGGUCACCUGGUAUAAGAAAUCUAAACCAAUUAAACCCAACAAGAAGCAUGAAGUGUUUGUUGAGGGUACCGUGCGACGUUUGGUAAUACACGAUGCCGAUGAUGAUGAUACGGGUGAUAUUAGUUGUACCGCUGCUAAUGCAACAACAGCAAGUAAAUUGUGUGUGGAGGAAAUACAAACAUUACCCAUCAUCACUACUGACAAGGACCAAACAAUUAAGGUUAAGGAGAAUGAUGAUGUUACGAUGACAGUCAAAUUUACUGGCACACCAAAACCAGAUGCCGAAUGGAGUACAACAAAGAAUGUUGUUAUCAAAAAUAAGCAUUUAAUACCCACAUUAGAUGAACAAUCGGCAUCGCUUACCAUUAAGAAGGUGGUGGACGAUGAUGAAGGUAUAUACACAGUAAGACUGAAGAAUCCAGUUGGCGAAGUGGAAGCUACACUUAACUUGAUCAUUAUGAGAAAACCAACGGCACCUGGUGCACCGGAGCCAUUAGAGGUCACACACGAUUCUAUUACAAUCUUCUGGAAGGCGCCUGAAGAUGAUGGCAAAUGUGAAAUUACAGAAUACAUACUGGAAUAUCAAGAUGUGAAGGAGGAGAGAUGGAUUGAGAUACGCAAAAUCAAGGACACCACAUAUACCAUCAGCAAGCUGAAAAUCGAUACGGAGUAUGUGUUCCGUGCGAUCGCUGUAAACGACGUUGGUCCUUCACCGCCCUCACCACUCUCACCACCCAUACGUCUUGUGGCCGAGGUGAAGAAGGAAAAGCCCACAGUACAAGAACCACUACAAGACAUCGUAACCGAACUGAACAAGGAGAUUACAUUGUCUUGCGUAUUCGGUGGCAUUCCAGAACCUAAGGUAACGUGGAAGAAGAAUGGUAAGAUUAUCACCACGAAGAGCAUACGCUAUGAGAAUCGCGUAUCCAAAUACACAAUCGAGAAGACAACAAUUGAGACUGAAGCGACGUACACAUGCGUAGCUGAAAAUGAAAUGGGCAGCGUGGAGACCUCAUGUAGAGUUAUACUGCAAGAAAAACCAACCAUCGAUAUCGAUGAGAAGUAUCUUGCACAGAAAAUACGUGCUGGCACCACUUUGAACAUUCCGGCCACAGUGCGUGGUUAUCCACAACCGAAAACCACUUGGUAUAGAGAGACCAUCGAACAGACAACCACAACUGAACGUGUACAAAUCGAAACCACAGAGACCACCUCGACAUACACACUGGAGAAGGUGACACGUGAAGAUUCCGGACGUUAUAAGAUCACAGCGACGAAUACAUCUGGCACGGCGACGACGGAAUGCACAAUACAGGUUAUUGAUAAGCCCAGCCGGCCACAAUCACUGGAAAUCAAGGAAAUGAAGAAGGACGCAAUCACACUGGAAUGGACGCCACCAAUCGAUGAUGGUGGUCUGGAAUUGAAUAAGUAUGUGUUGGAGAAAUGUGAUUUGCAAAAUAAUCUCUGGAUGAAGGUGGCCGAUUUGGAAAAAGACAUACACUCCUAUGCGAUACAAAAACUUUCCAUGAACUCUCAAUAUAUGUUCAGAGUGGUAGCAGCUAAUCCUGUUGGUGAAUCUGAACCAGUUGAGAGUGAGCCUGUGACAAUUACCAAGAAAUUCGAAAAACCAUCGGCGCCACGUGGCCCAACAGACGUCUUCGGCAUGACAGAUACAGCAUUUACGCUCUCAUGGGAACCAUCGGAAAGCGAUGGCGGCUCAAAGAUUAUCGAAUACAUUGUCGAAAUCAAAGAAUUCCAUGAAACCGAAUAUCGUCUGCUCGGCAGCACGAUCGGCAACGUUACAAACAUACUCGUUAGUGAGGUGAUCAAGGAUCGUGCAUAUCAAUUCAAAAUCUAUGCAAAGAAUGAAGUUGGCAUUAGUGAGGCACUUGAGACUGAAGACAAAAUAGUUGUAGGCCGCAGAAUAACUCCUCCAUCACCUCCGCAAAAUUUGCGCAUUCCGGAUGUGACGAAUCGCAGUGUCACCCUCGAUUGGGAAGUUCCAGCAAGCAAUGGAGGCUCUGAGAUAACUGGCUAUUGUAUUGAAAAACGUUCGGCUACAUCGACCAAAUGGACAAAGGUAAUCACGUUAGAUGCACACUGUCGCCAAUACACCGUGGAUAACUUGAAGGAAAAAUGCGAAUACUGGUUUAGAGUGUCGGCGGAAAAUGCGGUUGGAUUAGGUGCACCAGCCGUAACCGAGAGUGUCGCACUCAAAACGCAUGCAACUGUUCCAUCACCGCCCACUGCGCCAUUGGAGGCGCGUGUACUCGCUGCCAAUGCGCACGUAUUCGAAUGGGGUAUACCCGAGUCAGAUGGUGGUGCGCCACUGCUCGGCUAUCACAUUGCCAUACGUGACAUGAAGAAGACCAUGUGGAUCGAGGUGGGCCGUGUGCCGGCCGGUGUGCAAAGAUUCCAAAUACGUGACUUGCAAGAGAAUCAUGAAUAUAUGAUACGCAUAUUUGCAAAGAAUGAAAUCGGUCUUAGCGAACCGCUCGAAUCGGAGGAGUCAUAUGUGGCUAUCACUGCAGGACAUUUGAGUUUACCUGACGAACCGCGUACUGAAAUGAGUUCGUGCAACACAUCGUCGUGGUUACGUGACCACAAUAUGGAUGCGGAUAUACAUUCGUAUGCGCGCGGUAAACUACUGCGACGCGAUGAAUACUUCUUCCGCAUUUGGGCGAAAUUGCCAAAGAGCAAAAAGAAGAGAUCUUCAAAAUAAUUAUAAAAAUAUAAAAAAAAACAACAAAGCAAUGAAUGCUUCGAAACUACUAAUUUUACUAAAUCUCACUUAAUUUAUGUAAUUACUGAUAAUUUUCAUAUUUAUACAGCAUACUUUCACAUGUGUUUGUGGAUGUAUGUACACUUAAUUGUAUAGUUUUUGAAACUGUUUUAUAUUCAUUCAGCGAUUUUAAUUAAUUUUAAUUACAUGUUGAUUAUGUAAUGCCAUUGUAAAUGACUUACUUGAAAUAAUCACAACCCAUAUUUGUCUCCAAUAAUUGAAAUUUUUCCACAAAGGUUUAAAAAUGCGAGCGAAGAGAAUUUUUACAACCAAUGAAUUGUGAAGAAUUUUAAUUCAAGUUUCAAAUGUUAUAAAUAUCAAUUUUAGAAGACAUAAAAUAAUCGCAAAAAAAAAUUUGAAAUAUUUAAAAAAUUAAUUUCGAUAUCAUAUGUAUAAAAUUUAGUUUUGUUUAUUAUUUAUUAAAUCUGUGAUAAAUGUCAAAAUGUCAAAGAAAACAUUAAAAAUGUCGCAAAAUUUAUGAAAACGUAAAAAAGAGAACAAGUACAUAUAUAAAUGUGAAUUGUAAAUGCAAUAAAUAAUAAUUGGUGCGAAAAUGUUAUUAUUUAUUGUAUAUUCCUGUUGUGAAGUGAAGAGGAAAUUAUGAGUUUACCUUUUGGGAGACUAUCAAAUGCAAAUAUAGGUGCGAGCAUUUUAAAGGAACUCACACGAUUUCACCUUCACUUCAUGUCUGUAAUCUCAAUUAUACUUUUUGUAUGUAAAAGAAAUCGUAUAUUAUGAAAUGUACAUGAUUGUUCUGAAUGCAUAAAUAAAAAUAAAAUAAUAAAAAAUAACAAGAA